AUGUUUCCCUGCUGUGGUCUAGUAAUAGUUUGCUCAAAGAAGCCAGGUGAGAGUUUUGUCUCCAUCCGUUUGUAAGAUCUGCAGAGCAAUGCUUAGAGUGGAAAUACAGUUUUACUAAGGGAAAUUCUGCACUAAUGUUUUGCAUGAAUGUAGCAGUGGCUAAGCAUAGCUUUAAAGUGACACUCCAAGCCCAAAACACCUUAUGGUACUGACAUAGUUACGGGUUAGGGUGAAAUGUCCCAUAUUUCCUAUCUACUUAUAACUCCAGUGAUUUGCUAACAUAACUACAUCCCAUCACUCAGAUUUGUCACAAGAAAUAGUUAUGGUUCACCCUGUCUGUAUAAGUGCUUGUGGGGUACCUGCUUCCUUUGUGACCAUAUGGCUUGUAUGUCCUUCCCUUAUCAAGCUGAAGUGCUCUUUGGGUUCGGAAGGGGUUACUUUAACAUAGCCUGCAUGUGCUGGGGAAUAACACUGCCCCACAAUGAUCUAAACACUCAUUUGAGCAAGGUAUAAUCUCCACGUCAAGUGUCUGAUAUUUAUAAAUGCUAUAUGAAUGUAUUUGACAACAAGUAAAAGUUGCAAAACAAAUUAGAUAUAGCGUAAAGAGUCACAUUCACCAAGGAAAACCCUGUACAACGCCACCGCAUUUUUUUCAAUUUGUUUUUAAAAACUAGUUUUGCGGUGAAGAACUAAAGGCAUUUUUGAAAUGUUAAAGCUAUUCAAUAGUCUAAAUUAGAAAGAAAUACCAGUCAGGUUACUUUUGAAAAGAAUGCGUGGAACAAUGCAGGGUGGAUCACCAAAGUUUCUUAAAUAAACCUCUCUUGUAGACCAGGGUGUUAACUGAGAAAUUGAUUCUUGAUUUUUUUUUUUCCCAAUUGCUUACCAGCCAAAACUGAGGAAAAUUGAACAAUUUGUGUCUUAGUCACAUUGUGCUGGGUUUGUGCUUUUGUUUUCCCCUCACAUAUCUAAUAAAUGUGCCCAAUAAGUAUCAGACCCCUGCUAUACUCAGCACACACCUUAUGCUCCCACGCCAUGUGAUUGCCAGACUGUGGAGCACCAACAAGUGUACAGAAUGUUCUGCCGGUAGCCAGUGGCAUAAGCGCGGCAUCCAUCAGAGUGCUGUAGCUUGCGAUCUGGCCUGGUCAAUGACCUGCACGAAGUGUUGCGGACUAGUCCUCGUGCCGCCGUGCUCCUUAGGUUAGGCUUGUCUUAUAGUGGAAGUGGGUGUUACUGCCAGGGGUUGUGACAGGUAUUGAAAGUGUGAUGUGGGGCGGGGGAUGCUCAGUAAUACUGUUCUGCUUGUUCCAUCAUGUUGUACCCAUGUUUUGCUUAUAAACUUCAAUAUUGUCUACCUGGUAUCUGACUUUUGGCCUGAUCUCUGUUGAUGAACUGCUGCUUGACCUGACUUUUUGCUGUCUUGACUAUGUCUCUGCCUCAUCCAUAUUGGUACUUCACCUUGAUUUUUUUCCUCAGUCCAAGUGAUCAAGCGCUCCUGCAGAGUGUAUAGCUGUCUCACCCAAACACUAGCCAAUACUUAAUAAAGGGUGAAUAAGAAGUGAUUUUAUUGAACACAACACAGGUGUAUAUAAAGGAGUAAUCACAACGGGGGGGGGGUCAUCAAACAAAACAAUACAAGUCACUACUUGGAGUCUUGGUGUCUAGGACAGAAUUAGGUCAAGAGUCCAUAACUUAAUUACCUGCCUGACUCAGUGGCGGAUCCAGGGGGGGGCAACGGGGCAAUUGCCCUCCCCGAGAAAUCCGCCGGUCUCCCUCCUCUGCCAGCAGCACAUGCAGAUGCUAGCCCUGAAGUGUGCCUGUGGACCGGGGGGGAGAUCAGAGAUCUCCCUCCCCGGUCCGCAGGCACUGUGCUUACAGCCGGCAGGGGAGGGAAAGGGAGGAGAGAAAGGACCCGGGAGCUCAGGCUGCAGCUCCUCCGGGUCCUCCUCUCGCGAGAUUUGAAGCGUUGCCACGGUUACCACGGCAACGCUCCAAAUCUCGCAAGAGUGAACUCUAGCCCGGGAGCGCCGGCUAGAGUUCACUCUCACCACCUGACCACCAAUGAAUCGCCCGCCCACCGGACCACCAGGGAACGAAAUAUGUCCCCCCUCCUCCCCAGUAAAGGUAAGAAGGGAGGGGGGACAUAGCAUAUUUAUUUUAAUUAAAUUAAAAAAAAUAUAUUAUAAAAAAAAAAAAAGCCACACACACAUUGCCCCCAAUACUGCCACCCCCAUUCACACAAACUGCCCCUAUACACCUGCCCCAUACACACAUACUGCCCCCCCAUACACAUACUGCCCCCCAUACACACAUACUGCCCCCCCAUACACACACUGCCCUCCAUACACACACACCCCACAUACACACAUACUGCCCACAUACACAAACUGCCCCUAUACACACAAAAUGCCCCUCAUACACACACUGCCCACACACACACAUACUGCCCCUCCCAUACACACAAACUGCCCCAAUACACACAAACUGCCCCCAUUCACAAAACUGCCCCUAUACACAUGCCCCACACACAUACUGCCCCUCCAUACACACAUACAGCCCCCAUACACACACUGCCCCCCAUACACACACUGCCCCCAUACACACACACACACUGCCCCACCAUACACACACACUACCCCCAUACACACACUACCCCCCAUACACACACACUACCCCCAUACACACACAUUGCCCCCCAUACACACAUACUGCCCCACAUACACACAUCCCCACAUACACACACUGCCCGCCAUACACACAAACUGCCCCCUAUACACACAAAAUGCCCCUCAUACACACGCACUGCCCCCACAUACACACGCUGCUCCCCAUACACACAUACUGCCCCCCAUACACACAAACUGCCCCCCAUGCACACACACUGCAACUAUUACACACACACACUGCCCCCCCAUACACACACACUGCCCCCAUACACACACAUACUGCCCCACAUACACACAUCCCACAUACACACACUGUCCCCCCAUACACACACACUGCCCGCCAUACACACAAACUGCCCCCUAUACACACAAAAUGCCCCUCAUACACACAAAAUGCCCCCACAUACACACACUGCCCCCCAUACACACACACACUGCCCCUAUACACACACACAUACACACGCUGCUCCCCCAUACACACAUACUGCCCCCCAUACACACACACUGCAACUGUUACACACACAUACUGUCCCACACAUACACUGCAUCCCUGACAUACACUGCCACCCUCACUCACACACUACAACCUUCACACACACACACACACUGCACCCCUUACACAUUGCACCACUCACACACAGCACUGCUCCUAUGCCCUACUACAGCCCCAUUCCCAGCAGAUCUCAGGUAAGUUGUCAAACUGUUCUUAAACGGUUUGACUACUUACUGUGGGAGGGGGUCCCGGCACUAUUGACACCAUAACCACUACACUGAGCUUUAGUGGUUAUUGUGUCUGGAUUAUUUCUUUAACCCCUUAAGGACACAUGACAUGUGUGACAUGUCAUGAUUCCCUUUUAUUCCAGAAGUUUGGUCCUUAAGGGGUUAAAUAAUCUACAAGUGCCCCUCCCGAGAUCAGGCUCUGGAUCCGCCACUGGCCUGACUUCAAGAUCCGUUGCACAAUAGCUAUUGUAUAAUAAAUACAAAUAUAACCUUUUAUACACACAGACACGCUAACACAAUUAUCUCCCAUUGUAGAAGAAAACUCCUAAAACACAUAUAAUAAUAUACAGCAGACAAAAAGGGGUCUCUGGAAUAAUGGGACAAUACCCUUUGCCCUUCUUAGUCAACAACUGUCAGGAUUAAAGUUGAUCCAGCACUCAGAAUUGUAUCACACCUAAAGACUAAGGAUAACGUCUAACCGGACGUUAGAAUGGCCGGACUUAACUUACCCAAGAAUAGUCAAAAUACUUUCAAAGCCAGAAGUCAUGGAUACCAGGGACGUCAAAACAAAGCCAAAGUCAAAUACCAGAAAAAACACGAUCAGGAACACACCGUGACAACAACAAGGAAUAGGGAGGGGAGGAGAAUAACAAACAAAUAAAUAACACACCCUGUACCUAUAAUGGGCACAGGAUGACUAAAACAUAGGAGUAAUCUUGGGUUCUACAUAAAAUGUCCAUCUUUGGCUCGCAGUGAUGGUGACUACAAUCACAUGUGCCCAGCUCCAUGUAUCAUAUCUCUAUUUUUUUCUCAGCUCUAUUUGUGGUAUGCUCUGUAUUGUACUCAGCUCUAUGAAUUUUAUAGAUCUCUUUUUGUUGUGCCCAGCUUGUUUAAUUGUAUGGACAUAUCUGUAUCUCUGUACUGUGUGUAGGGGGUAGUAAAAUUCGGUGGGAGGUGUCUGGUGCCCCACCAUCUUAAAACUGCACCAGCUGCCUCUGGUUUUCAUGAUGUUUCCAGAACUCUUCAAUGGCAUUAUUUUCCCAAACCAUACAAGUCAUGUGUUUAUAUGUAUGUAACUAUCUGUGUGUCUUGGGUACUAAAUCAUCUACUUUGUUUGUUUUCAAUCUCCAGUCCCUCUCAAGGGGAUCUCGGUUGAUGUCCAAGUGAAAGGCUUUGUGGCCGAUGUUUCUGCAACUCUGAAAUAUAAGAACGUGGAGGAGAAUGCAGUGGAAGCUCUCUUUGUGUUCCCUAUGGAUGAUGACUCCGCUGUGUACAGUUUUGAGGCGACGGUGGAAGGAAAGAAGAUUAUAGCAGAUAUUCAGGAGAGAGAGCAGGUAACGUUGACAUCAGAUAGAGAGAUCAUGAAGGGCUAUACAAUUUCUAAUAUUAACAAAUAAAGCACAAAUUGGGGAUGUAUUAGUUUUCUAUAUCUGUCUCCUAGGCUCGGAAAACCUACGAUGAAGCUAUUAGCAAGGGGCAACAGGGGUUCUUAUUGGAGGAAGACAAGAGCUCUGGUGACAUCUUCAGCUGCACUGUGGGGAACCUACUCCCUGGUCAGGAGGCUGAGGUGACACUAUGCUUUGUUCGGGAGCUGCCAGUGGAGGCAGAUGGAGCAGUGCGCUUUGUAUUGCCAGCGGUACUCAACCCCCGAUACACUCCAAAAGGUAGUAAAUUGUUUCUUGUAGCCUGGAGGUUCAAGGUUUAUAUCCAUUGGGGUUUUCUAAGUUUUAAUUAUUCAGGAGACUUUACAACUUGUGUUUCUCUUCCUCAAUCAUAUGUAACUUUUUUAUAUUUCUGGAACAGUUCGGUUUGUUUGCUCCACAGUUAUAUCCAUUGUUGAUUUAUAUCAGGCAGCUUUGAACCCCUGGAUAUUUAAGUGAAUACAGAUCUCCUGAAUUCUUGUAGAACAGUGCUGCUACUUACCCGAGGGCAUACCUGUGGACACUGGGAACCGACUCAUACUGGCCAUUGGGAAAUGCCCGGUGGGCUACUAUGGCAAUGGUUCGUGCCGACAGGGCAGAUUAGAAGAUCUCGUCUACCAGCCUAUGCAGAGUCUGCACUAUCCAAGUGCCAGUCCUGCUGCCUGCCAUGACGGGCCAGUGGCAGAUCUAAGAUCUCCAUCUCUCACCAGCCCACAGACUCUUGAAUGCAGAGAGGAAAAAGAGCAGAGAGCUCUAGCCUCCAGGAGGAUUUGCAGGCUAGCGUUCACUCACCACCAGACCACAAGGGUUUGCAGUGUCCGCCCUCCCUGAGAAGGUAAGAAGGAAGGGGGUUUGUACAGUUUAUUUUAUUAAUUUUAAAAUAUAAAUAUAUUUAAUUUGCUCCCAAAUACCCCCUUACACACACACAACACCUCCCAACACAUUCACAAACUGCACCUCAUACACACUGUACCCCUCACACAUACACACUGCACCCAUGAAACACAUACACUGUACCCCUUCAUGCACACACUGCACCCAUCAUGCACACAUUGAACCCUUCACACGCACAUUGCUCCUCUCAAACAUAUUGCACCCUCUCACGCACACACUGCACCCCUCUUACACACUGCCUGUAAACACUACAUCCCUUAUACACAGACUCUUCAACUUAAACGCACUACAUUCCAGACACACACACACUACAACCCUUAUACACACACUUCAUCCCUUAUACAAACUCUUGAUCCCCUACACACACACUAGACCCUCUAUAUACAUAAACAAAACAGCCCCUUUCUGGCCCUGCCCCCUUUUCACUGGGCUGCUGUGAUUAUAAAAUGCCUGAGUCAGUUUGUUUCCCAGUCUGGCCCUGCUGGAAAAUAUAACCUACUAGGAACUGUAUAUGUAUGGAGUAAGACCAUUACAUAUGGCUGAUAGACAGUACAUUGAGUCAUAAUAAACAUAUUAAUUUAGAAUUGCUGUAAUGCAAAUCAUAAUUAAACAUAAGUACUCAACAGGUUAACACACAGAAAAAACAGAUCAUAGUGUAUAAAAAUUUACAGAGAAUAAAAAAUAGGCGAGUACACUCACAAACGUAGAGCCAGCCGACUUAGCUCUCAGUGGUCAUGCCUGCAGAUGAUUAAAGGCCAACCUACUGCCUACUCAUACUCACAAAGGAAACAUUUCCUCCAGAUCAGUUUGAUGGAACAUUAAGGGAAUAGUGCAGUAUGUCUGUCUGUCUGUAGGUCAAAUACGAGCUCAGCUUUACGUCACUUUGAGCUGGUAAUUCCAAGGUACAACUUAAGAAAAGCCUCCAAAAAUUUCCAAGAAUGCAAAGCAGGUAAGUGUACUUGGUAUAAAGAUAUUUGAUAAAAUACAAAGAUAAUAAAAACAGAAAUAGCCAAAACGCAUAUCGCCUCGGUCUCUUGGCAAUACACAUCAAAUGGUAGGAAAGUAUAAAUGGAGCAAUCAUGUACACCUUCUGAUCGACCAAGCUAGUUUGGAAGGGAUAUGAGUCCCUGAAGCCGAUCUGAAAAUAUACAUAGAUCUCUAUAAAAUAUAUGGUGUUGUCACAAAGGAAACCUAUCCUCCAGAUCAGUUUGAUAGAACAUGAAGGGAACAGUGCAGACUGUAUAAUAUAGAUGUAUGUAUGAAAAAAAUUGUUCAAUUUGCAGGAAUCUGAGCCAAAUAGAGACUCAGCCUUGGGUCACUUUGAGUUGGUAAUUCCAAGGUACACCAGCAGGUAAGUGUACUUGGUAUAAAGAUAUUUGAGAUAAUACAAAGAUAAUAAAACCAGAAAUAGCGAAAAUGCAUUUCGCCUCUGUCUUUUGAGGCUUCCUCAUUUGGCAAUACACAUCACAUAGUAGGAAACACUUAUGUACAUACAACUAUAUAACAAUAACUGUCACGGGUUGUAGUGUCCCUUGGUCGAUGCUUCUCUCAUCCUCUGCUGGUCCUGGAUUCAGCUACAGCAUUCAGUGAUUCUAGCCUUCUGUAACCUUGUAAAAUUCCCCAAUAUAGUGGACAAGAUCAGUCGUAUUGGGUAAAAGUAGCAAUCUGAACUCUGCUUCUUAUGCAGUGCCCAUAGCAUGGGGUUUCUAUACAAAAUCACAGGUAUUUCCUUCCCACAAGCCAUUGUGUUUGAGAGAUAAUUGAGCUCCAAUUAUCUCUCAAAUAGGAAGACUUAUAUACAAUUUUUCAUAUCACAAAAAUACAUGACAACAGCAUCGGAACCCCACAAAAAUUAUAUUCCUGAGUAGCCCCAAUCUGAGCACACAACAUAUCCAAAAAGCGCUCAUAUCGGUUUGGUAAAACGAAAGUUAUGUUCGUGCCUAUAUGAACUGGCUGCCUGGUAGACGUGGUAUUGUCAAUUUCAAAAGGGGUUAAUUUGAUUUGUUUGGGAGGUCAGAGCUUACAACCUAAAUUCCUCUUUGAAGCUGGGACCCAAGCAGAGUCUGUAAGGUGUGAGAAGUCACACAUAAGUGGCCUGGAAGUCUGGUUUCAGUAUAAACUAACUCUCUCAUUUGUCAUAUGGCUUGGUGUCUGUGACAUAAUUGGGUCAAGACAUGAUAACAUAAUUGUCUGCUGGACACCAAGACACAUAGCACAAUGGCUUUUACAUAAUACAAUUAACACAAUAGCUUUCAUCCAGCUCAAAAUUUUACAUAAUAACUCAAUGUUAAGAACGCUGGUAUGUCAGACACCCGUUCGCUUCCAGUUCCUCCCGAACUGCUAAAAGCUGAGUGAUUAUAGCUUGCAGUUCGGGUGUUGAUUCAAACGUUCUCCAGAAGAAAAUGCAGUGUCCAAGUAAAUUCUCCCAGCAAUCAGACGCAUACCCAAACAUCAGGCUUAACUAGAUGAAGGGUAUAAAAGGAAUUAAUUUAUUCAGGCCAACUGGACGGUUUAUAUGCAAGUCCCCAUGCAAGGGGUAUGGGUUUACUGUGACAUAUUCCAGGGGCAUUCCCCACUGGACCUGAGAGGGGACUAUGACAAAAUACAUACUGUAACUACAUUGGCUCUCAGGUCCAAAAUAUUCCCACACAAAACAAGAUAAUCCCUCCCCUGUGCCUGUGAGUCAGGAAGUGUACUAAACUCAAUUAUCUCCAGGCACUAAAAACAUUUUAAUAACACCCCAAAAUACCCCCAAAACAACAACAGCCACAUCCCCUGAUAGUCCUGAUCUGGGGGACCAACAUAUCCAGAAAUCACCCAGGUUGGUUCAGAGGUUCGGGAUUUCCAUGGAAGUCAUAUUUUGACCGACCAUACACAAAGUCUUAUACCCAAAAUAGUUCCACAGUUUCAGAGGUAGUGGUUGGUCUAUUUCGGCGAGUUCUAAAACCGAAAAAAUCCACUAACUGCUCCCCUGGCUCAUGGGUAGCAUUUGUUCCCCUUGUUCGUGGGAACAAACCUACCGAAUAGCGCUCUCCUGGCUGGUCGGUGAAAAGAAACAGGCGUUCGCAAAGUUGACCGGCGUUCGGGAAGUCGAGUGUCCGAUUUUAGUUCCAGACACUCAACGACCAAGUCCCGCUGUCUCUUUUUGUGCGACAAGAUGGCCAUAUGAACAGCGUCCACAUAGAGAGAGCACUUAAUCUGCCAUUACCUUUGUAGUUAAUGAGCCGGGGGGGUGUUCGGUGUUCGGUAGUUUUAUCUAGUGAACAAGAAAAAUCCAAGUUAACGAACAAAACAGGGUGAUUUCUUCACAUUGAUCCCUCUUGGUUCUAUCGAUCGGCAUACCUGCCUAGACCCUGCCGAGUUCACUUGGGGAUGUCUGGGUAAGUCAGUCAAGGUUCCCACUCUGUUUUCCGGGAUAAACCAUCUGCAUUGCCGUCCUGUUUGCCUGGCCUGUACUGCAUGGUGAAAUUGUAGGGUUGCAGGGCCAGGCUCCAGCUUAACAAACGGGGAUUGUCUCCAGCGACUCUGUUUAACCAGAUGAGAUGUUUAUGAUCUGUCAUUAAAGUAAAGGGACGGCCGUAGAGGUAGGGUUAUAAUUUCUUUAAUGCCCAUACAAGAGCCAGGCAUUCCUUUUCACGGUGGCAUAGCUGACCUCUCUGGGUAAUAGUUUCCAGCUGAGAUAUGCCACCGGGUGUUCCAUCCCGUCAUCCACCACUUGACUCAACACGGCUCCAAGUCCAAACAUGGAGGCAUCUGUGUGGACAAGAAACUUUUUAGUAUGGUUUGGGGCAGCCAACACAGGUGCCUCGCUCAGCACCGCUUUGAGUUUCUGAAAAGCUGCCGCAUACUCCGGGGACCAUGCUACCUGUCUGGGAAGGGACUCUUAGUCAGGUCUGUGAGGGGUUUGGCCAAGGCGCUGUAUCUGGGGACAAAAUUGCGGUAAUAACACGCAGUCCCUAGAAAUGCUAAUACUUGCGUUCUGGUCCGGGGCUGGGGCCAAUUCGCAAUCGCUUCCACUUCAACUGGUUUGGGCCGAACCCUACUUUAUGGCCGAAGUACUGUACCUCGGCCAUGCUUACAAGGUCAGGGUGAGCCGGUCAUGUCCAGCUAAGGGUAUAUCAUGGCUGAGCUUAAGUAGCUCUGCCCUAUGUUUACAAGGUACUACUAAUUGAUUUUUAGGGAUCUGCGCAGCCCCACUCCCAACUCCCCUGGUCACCCUGUAUAGCAGACCCUUCUCCCACUUAAACCUCUCCUGGGAAAUAUCUCCAUGGCGGGACGCUGCCUCCUUUCUGUACCCCUCUAGUGUGGGGUCUACCUUCUGCUCCUGCUCAAAACCCUGGGGAGUACCCCAGAAUGGGGUAGAGGCGUCGGUUAAGGAAGGGAUGGAGGGUCCUACCUGAGGUUCCUCGGAGUACGCUGGCUCCCCCUGGAGGGCUUGAGACCGAGUCGUCACGGGACACGUCUCCUCUGGUUCAGGCUGGGCAAGCUGGGAGGUCAGGCAACCGAGGCCAUUCCCCCAAAGCACUUUGGCCGGUAAUUCCUGCAUGAUGCCCACUUCCAAGUGUUUAGCUCCUGUACCCCAGUUAAGGUGUACCGGAGCAGUGGGUAAUUUGUGAAUGGCACCUCCAGCUACUCGGACUGCCACGGUCCUGUUGUUCCGGGCUUGGGCUUGAACUUUGUGGGGUUGUACCAGGGUGAGAGUGGUGCCGGUGUAUCUUAAGGCUCAGGCCUCCUGCCCGUCCAUGGUGCCCCUGAUUGCCACCUGCUGCUUGGACUGGGUUGGCUUCGUGUAGUACCAUCCAUUGCUCUUCGCUGUGCCCUUGUGCCUCGAGUGCCUCUUGGUGCUAGCAGUGUGCCGCGGCCAGGGCUGCUUGGGGUGCUGGUCUGUCCCAGCUCCCUCAGUUCCGUUGAGGGCAGUGCAUCUUAUAGUUCCCUGGCUGUUGGCAGUGGUGACAGAGGGAAGGCGAGCGCCGAAUGGGUGUUGGUGAUGGUACGGGGGAUUAGGAGAUAGGUCUGGUGGCAGAGGUCCUAGUGCUGGGACAGGGGACUUAAAAGUGCUCGAUUCUACCUUUUCCCAUCGUGGUAUUCAUCCGCUUACCGAGUUGCCUCUUCCACCGUACCUGGUUUCCUAUCCCUCACCCAGUCCCGGGUUUCCGUUGGCGUGUGUUUAAAGAAUUGUUCCAAUAAUAUCAAUUGCACCGCAUCCUCCAAAGUCUUUGCCUGACAGCCCUGCAUCCAAUUUCGAGCCGCCCGGUGCAUCCGAAAGGCCCUUUCGGCAUACAAUUCUCGAUUACCCUUUCUCAAACCGCAAAACUUUCUCCUUUAGGCUUCCGGGGUGACGGCAAACCGGGCAAGCAGGAUGUAGCUUAACCGCUGAUAAUCGGGAAUAGCAUAUUCGGGGACCGCCUGGUAUUCCUCUUCCGCUCGGCCGGUGAGUUUGCUGCUAAAUAUCGCAGCCCAGUGUUCUUGAUCUAGCCCCUCUAAAGCGCACUGUCUCUCAAAGUCCUGCAAAUAAGUGUCGAUCUCCAUUUCCCCGUCAACAAAAGUUUUGAAAGCAGCAUAAUUAAUUUUUCUCAGCUGCCCUCCAUUUAUAGAUCCAGGUAAUGAUGCCGUUUCUGCCUGGCACAGGUUCGCCUGCUGGGCCCUUUGUUCUGCUCUUACCUGUGCCAUGAUACGCGCCACAAUUUCCGGCAAAGGAUUUGUCCCCAGCAGGCCAACUCUGCUUCCUCCUGGCUUACAUUUGACGCACCCCUGGCUUGAUUGCCCUCCAUCAAUUCGGCAAUGAGGGUAGCUUUCUUUUUUAAAGAAUUCUUUAUUUUCAAGGUUUCACCUGUAAACAUGGGGUACAGAAUAAAGAAAAGGGGAGGGGGUACAAGUGCAAUCCUUCUAAUUAGGUGAGUUACAAUUCGAUUUUACAGGAAUAGGGGUAGAGGGUGGGAUACCGUUGUUGUUGGUGUGUUGGUUGACAUUUGUGAACGUAUCGUGCAUUGGCGUCGAGGGGGUGGGUUGUGAGUCGGUGGCCUUGUGUAUGGGUUGGUGCCUUGUACUUCUGGGGGGUUGCAGAGGUGGGUGAGUGGGAGAAGGAGAGGGGGUUGUGUUGCCGUUCGUGGCUCUCUGCGGUCUCAAUGCAGCCUGUUCCUUGUGGCCCGGUGUGGGGUUGGUCGCAGUGGAUGGGCUUUGAGCUGUCAGAGUCCAUAGUCUGUGGUGGGCGCCCUAGGGUGGGAGCCUGCCCGGGGGGGUAGGAGUUCUGUGGUGGGAAUUGGGGAGGAAGGGGCGUGAGGAUGUUGGUCCUCCGUGGGUGUAAGGUAGUGAGGGGUUGGUGUGGUGAAGGGGCUGGAAUGCCGUUGUUCCCAAUUGAGUUUCCUGUUGUUUGAGGUGGGGAUUGAGGUGUUGGGUCGGAGAGGGGAUGAUAUCGAUUGUGCAGUUGUCAGUAGUCUGGCGGGGGGUUUGGGGUGAGGUGGUGUCUGAGAGGGGACCUGGGGGAGGGGAGUGGGACGACUGUCUUCCGGAUUUAGGGGGAUUUAGGGGUGGGUCAAUCUAUAUAUGACCCAGGGGUCCCAUAUUUUGUUGUGGUGAUGGGUCGUUUCGUGAAGUAGGGCCGAGAGAUUGUCCAUCUCCCUUGCUUCCUCUAUUUUUUUGAUGGUCGUGUCCAGGGUGGGGAUGUGUUUGUUGCCCCAUUGUUCUGCGAUUGUGCGUCGCGUGGCCAAGGCGAUUUUGGCUAGUAAUUUAUUUUGUGCCCUAAACAGGGGGGUAUGGGGUUUGGAUAAUAGCCAGAUCCAUGGGUCUAGUGGGAUCUUCGUGUGGAGGAGAGCUGAUGUUAGGUCCGCUACCUUUGUCCAUAGUUGUGUUAUGUGUGGGCAGUGCCACCAGGCGUGAAUGUAGGUGCCCUGGGACCCGCAGCCUUUCCAGCAGUCGUCUGUGGUCGAGCAUUUCAUUUGCUUCAACCGCAGGGGCGUCAGGUACCAUCGUAGGAGCGUUUUAUAGGCCUGUUCUCUGUGGUUAACGCAUAUGGUGAGGGAAGCAGUUGCCUCCCAUAUUGCCGGCCAAUCUGACGGGUCUGUGGGGGGGCCGAUAUCUCUUUCCCACGUUUUGGUGUAUGCGAGUGCUUCCAUCGGGGAGGCGGAGUUCAGUUGGAGGUAAAUGCAGGAGAUUUGGCCUUUGCGUAUCGGAGAGUGUAUGCAGUGGUGUUCGAAUUGGGUCAUGGUGGUGAUGGCUGUAGAGGAGUGGAGGGGGUGUUGGAGGAAGCUGCGGAUCUGAAGGUAGCGGAAGUGGUCAAAGGUGGUCAGUGGUGUGUGCCCUGGUAGGUCUGAGAAUUGGAGCAGGUGAUUGGAUUGGAAGAAGUGGUAGAAACGGAAGAGCUCAUUGUCUUCGAAGUGCGCGAAGUCUCUGGGGUUCAUCCCGGGGGGGAAUUGUUUGUUCCGUAAGAUUGGGGUUAGAGGUGAGGGGGAGUUAACUAGUUUGGUUUUCUGUAUGGUCUUAUCCCAUAUCUGAAAAGAGGUGUUAAGGGCUGGGGACGUUUGUGGAGUGGAGGGUCUGGAUUGUUUGGGGACCCAGAGGAGUAGUGAGGGAUGGUCCCUUCCCAGUAGGUCAUGUUCGAGAUCUACCCAUAUCUUUAAUCCUGGGGGGGCAUGUAGGUGUUGUAUUUGUGUCAAUUGGGCCGCCUGGAAAUAGUGUAGAAAGUUGGGGAGCCCCAGACCCCCUGUUUUCGUGGUUUUGUACAUUGUGGAUCUCCGUAUCCUGGGUUUUCUGUUAGCCCAAAUGAAAUUGUCAAUUUUUGUUUGGAGUGCUUUGAAGUCCUUUCGGACAAUGGGGAUGGGUAGGGUCUGGAAUAGGUACAGGAAUCUUGGGAGUAAGUUCAUUUUAAUGGAGGCUAUCCUCCCCAUCCAUGAGAUGGGCAUGGUUGUCCAGGUCUGGAGGUCUGUAUAGGCCUGGCGAAUAAGGGGGGGGUAGUUCAAUUCGUACGUGGAGUCGGGGUUGGCCGGCAGAGAUAUGCCGAGAUAUGGGAUGUCAGUGUCGUUGUACUUGAAUGGGUGUGAGCGUCGUUAGUCGUUCAGGUCACGUUCCGGUAUCCCAAUUGGGAGUGAUUCGGUUUUGUCUAAGUUUAAUUUGUACCCUGAGACUGCCGCGUAUUCGUCCAAUAGAGCCAGUAGGGGGGGUAUGGAUUGGCGUGGGUUUGUAAGUGUGAGGAGAAUAUCAUCGGCAUAGGCCGAAAUUUUGUAUUCGUUUUGUCUCACGGUAAUGCCGGUGAUUAGUGGGGAUUCGCGUAUUUUUUGUAAUAAGGGUUCAAGGGAGAGGGCGAAGAGGAGCGGGGAUAGGGGGCAGCCCUGUCUGGUUCCGUUUUUAAUCGUAAUCGAUGUUGGGAUGGCGUUGGGCAUAAGGAGGGUGGCCGUUGGGCUGUUAUAGAGGGAAGUCAGGGCCUCUAUCAGAGGGUCGGGGAUGCCAAAUUUUUUGAGGACGGCGAAUAAGAAAGGCCAUAGGAGGCGGUCAAAUGCCUUCUCGGCGUCCAUGGACAGGAGGAGGGUCGGGAUCUUCCGGUGUGUUGCUACCCAAAUGAGAUCUAAUGUGCGUCUGGUGUUAUCGCUGGCCUGUCGGGAAGGGAUAAAUCCCACUUGGUCGGGGUGGAUUAAUUUGGGUAGGUGGUAUUGGAUGCGGUUCGCCAGGAGUUUUGUGAAGAUUUUGAUGUCUACAUUGAGGAGGGAGAUCGGCCUGUAGUGGCCUGGGUCUGUGAGUGUUUUGUUGGGUUUCGGGAUUAAGCUGAUGUUAGACCUCAGCAUGUCAGCAGGUAGUGUCUCUCCCUCGAGUAAUGAAUUAUAGAGCGUGGCGAGAUGUGGGAGGAGGACCGCUGAGAAUGUUUUGUAGUAUUGGCCCGUAAAGCCAUCCGGGCCCGGGCAUUUAUGGGGUUUGAGUGAUUUGAUUGUGGAGGCAAUUUCUUCUGUUGUGACGGGUGAGGUGAGGCGUUGUUUGGUUUCUUCCGCUAGAGCAGGGAGGGGGAUGUCUCGGAGGUAAGAGUCGAUGGUUUGGGGGUCAAUCGGAUGGGAUUGUUUAUGUUUAGGAUGUGUGCUAUGGUCAUAGAGUUCCGUGAAGUAUGCGGCAAAGGUGGCGGCGAUUCUGUCAGGGGUGAUGUGCCUAGUGCCUCCAGGUGAAUGGAUUUCGUCGAUACUUUUGGUUCGCGUUUUUUGGCGGAGUUUGCGGGCUAAAAGCGAGUCCGCUUUAUUGGAUUUAUCGUAGAAUAGUUGUUUAGUCCAUAGGAGCGCCUUUUGGGAGUCUUUGGCCAUGAAAGUUUUAAUAGCCCGUUGGUGGGUUUGAAUUUGCGCUAGCUUGUCUGGGGAGGGAUCGAUUUUGUGUUGGGCCGAGGCGAUUCUUAGGGAGGUUAUGUGGUGUUCUAAUUCUUUGAGCUUCUGUUUUUUGAGUCUGGUGGCCUGUUCAAUUAGUGUGCCUCUGACCACCGCCUUAUGUGCUGCCCAUAGUGAGCUGGAUGAGGUGACCAAGGUCGAGUUUUCGGUAAAAUAGUUUUCUAUGGCUGUGCGUGUGUCCUUCGUAAUGUCCGUUUUUUGAAGUAAAGUGGGGUUUAGUCUCCAGUUCCAGGAUUUAAUCGCUAGGGGGAUGUCUAAUUUUAGGGAGAUUUCCGCGUGGUCGGACCAUGCUAUGGUCCCAAUUGUCGUGUUUGUGGUCUGAGGUAGUAGGGAGGGGGAGAGUAGGAACAUGUCAAUUCUAGAGUAUGAGGUGUGAGGGUGCGAAUAGAAGGAGAAAUCCAGAGUGUUGGGGUGUUGUAGUCUCCAUAUGUCGAGGAGGUUCGUGUGGAGUGCGAAGUUGGAGAGUAGCUUGUCUAAUCUUGUGGGGUAGGGCGUUGGACCUCUCGCCUGGGAUGUGGGGCGUUUCCGGUCUAGCUUUGGGUCCAUAGUUGCAUUAAAAUCUCCCCCUACAACUAGGUGGUGGGAGCUGAACAGUUUUAGGUGUGCUGUGAGGGUCGUCCAGAAGGAUGGGUCAGGGGUGUUCGGGGCGUAAACGGAGGUGAUCGCGUAUUUGUGGGUCCCGAGAUGGCCCACUAUCGUGAGAUAUCUGCCCUGGGGGUCUGGGAUAGCGCGCGUAAAGUGAAUCGGGCAGGAUUUGUGGAUCAGGAUAGCCACUCCGUUGUGUUUGCCGCGGUAGGAAUUGGCUAGGUGGCAUGUGGUGUAGUGUUUGUUGCGUAAAGGGAAGGGUCUGGAGUCUACGUAAUGUGUUUCUUGUAGGAGGAUCAGGUCCGCCCGCGAGCGGGUCGCCCACCGCAAGAGUUGGUGUCUUUUAGCUGGGUUGUUGAGCCCCUUACAAUUGAGCGACACGCACGAGAGCGACCUGGGCAUCUCGGGUGUGGUGGGUGGGGAGGGAGAUGGAUAGCUGCUCGGGGGGGUUAUGGGGUAAGGGGUGGGGGGGGGGUUGGUGUCUCGGGCGGGUGUGUGCGGGGGUUGGGGGUCGGGUUUGUAGGGUCCCUGGUCUUAUGGGUUCCCUGCCAGGUAGUGUCGUUCGUGGGGGGUGUUGGUGUAGCCUGAGCGGUGGGGGUCGUGUGUACGUUGCGCCCUGUCACGGGCGUUCGUGUGGGUCUGGGGGGGAAGAGAGGAAGGUUUUCACGUUCCUUUCCUCCUCUCCCCAGCAGCACGGAGUUGUGUAGUUCACUCACGGUUGAGGAUUUCCGUGGACAGUGGUCCUGGGUGAGGCCGUGAAUGGUCAUGUUGUGGAGUCACAGGUGAGGAACGGAGGUUAGUAGGCGUCCGGGGUGGCUGUCUUGGAGUAUGGUCGGUGGUUCGUGAGAAGUGACAUUGAGGUGGGGGUCAGUCCCGUAUCCAAUGCAAUGUCUUCAACGUCCGGGGAUAGAGUACCACUCCGGAUAGGAGCUAACAUGGAAAAAAAAAUAAAAAAACAAAACAACAUACCAAGGUAUGAUUGAACAACAAUGAACAACAUUGAACAGAAAGGAAAGUUAGGAUGCAGUUACCCGCAGUUGUGUAAAGAGGUAUUGUUUAGGUUUGGGGGCAUUGAGGGUAGGGGUGGGGGAAUGCUGUGUUGGAGGGGCCAAGUAUUGGGGUGCCCAGUCUCCUCUAGUGGUUUCUGUCCGUGGGAUAAGGGGCGUCUGGGCUGUGCAGGAGUAUUGUGGGAGCGGGCCCAUUCCUUGGCUGAGUAUAACUCGGUAGUAUUGGGGUCAGGGCUAUGUAUCCCUGGUGGAACAGGGGGACUAAGAUUAUGUCCUUGUUAUUUGGCCCGGUGUGAGUCGGGGUGGGAGCCUUUUAAGGUGAGGGCGUCUUCCGGUCGGAGCUGUGAGUUCUAAUGGUCCCCAUAGCCGGGAUAGAGGUGUGCCCGGGGGCGUAGUGAUCGUCACUCCCUACCCUUUGCCCUCUAUUAGAGUUGCCCCUUUUAUAUUGUGUUUUUUUUUAGUUUUUUUUUUCAUUCAUUCAUUAAGGGGGGGUGAUAGUACAGAGUUAUAAUGCCUGUGGGGGGGGUAGGGCCCUGCUGUGGAGCUUAAGUGUGUGACACCGGGCCGGCUAUAUCCUACCAUGGGUGUGUAGCGGUGUUCCCUCCGUAGAUAGGUUUGCGGGCAUGUGGGGGUAUGUCCUAGGUGACCCGGUAAGGUUAAAGGCGUGCGUGCGUGCGGGCGGGGGGGGGGAGGGGGCACGUACAGCACAGGGGGUGCUCCUUGGGGGGCGUAAGAAGAUUUGCCCAAUAGCUGGGGGGUUCCGCUAGGGUGCCCGGGGCAAAGCCAGUCCGACCAGAUCUCCCCGCCCCCCCCCCCGAUCCCACCCCAAGUCCCCUUGGCAUACUUGCUGUUCUAUGUUAAAGUCCGGGGGGAGAGUUCUCUGUCCCAGGCUAGGUAGGGGAGUCGUCUGUGCCUAGCCCGGUGCCAUUGCCCCGUCCGCGGAGGAGUGCUGGAGGAUGCGGUUUCCGGCGGGGUCUGCUCUUGAUGAUCGGGGCAAAUCCUUCUGCCGGAGUAGUGCUCGGUGUGAGUAGGAGGUCCAGGCUUCUUCCUUCGGAGGAGUUGGCUAUGAUGCAGUGGUGUAUCUGGUAAGUUCAUGGUGUUUCUGGGGAGUGGUGUUUUGGUGCGGGUGGUGCUGGGGUCGGGGGAGUGGUACGGUUACCAGUCCUGCGAUGCUUGGCCGGUCUCCGGAUCCUGCUGUUGUUGCCUUUUCUUUUUGGGUGGACGAGGUGAGCGGGGUCCAGUAUCCGGGCGGGUGUCUGUUUCUCGGCGGGGGACGGGGGGGUGUUGUAACAAUUGGACCCCCAGCGAUUCCGCGAAGGGUCCCAUCUCCGUCGGGUGAAGGAGUAUGUGUGCUUGUUCGUCUUUCCUGACGAUCAGUUUAAAGGGGUGGCCCCAUACGUAUUUCAGUCCCUGUUGUUGGAGGGCCAAGGUGAGGGGUUUGAGGUCCCUUCGCUUCUUCAGCGUUAGUGGGGAGAGGUCCUGGAAGAAGGUAAGACUGAUGCCUUUGAAUUUGGGCUGUUUGUAUCUGGCUGCUUGGGUCAGUUUUUCCUUUGCCGAGAAGUGGUGGAGGCGGGUGAUGAUGUCCCUCGGAGUGGCUUGGUUAAGAUUGGGCGGUUUCAAGGCCCGAUGUACCCUGUCAAUUUCCAAGUCAUUUGGGGUAAGGUCAGGGGCCAUCUCUUGGAAAAUAGCCUUGAGCGUGGGAAGUAGCUGUUCUUGGGUGACCGCCUCAGGUAGGCCGCGGAUUCGGAUAUUGUUUCUCCGCGACCUAUUAUUCAGGUCUUCCAUGCCGUCCUCCAGGGCUGCGAUUUUGCCGUGGAAAUAGGCGAUGUCUUGCGCAUGUUCCUGCGUGGAUGAUUCCAGUUUAGAGAUGCGGUUCUCUGUCUGUCCCGUCCUGGAGGCGAGGGUGGCCAUUUCGGUUUUGAGGCCCUCGAGCUGUUUGGUGAUUUCCGCGGCCACGUGGGUUUUAAUGUCGGCCGUUGCCUCACGAAGCAUGCCGCGUAGUACCCCGAUCGUAAGUGGGGCUGUAGGGUCCGGUAGGGGGAUGGUAUCCUCUGGCCCCGAGUCUUCUUCUUCUGUUAGUUGGGAGUCUGUAGUCCUCUGCGAGGCGGUUGGUGUGCGGAAGAGUGUUGCAACCGAUGGAGUUUGCUCCUUUUUCUUUUUCCCGCCGCCCAUUGUUUCGGAGGUCGGGUAGGGUAAGUGGUAUCGUUCAAUGUUGGUUUGGGAUGGUUGUGACUACGGGGGAUUGCGAUGUCAGUAGAUUCACAUGCCGUGGGGAGAGAGAGCUCAGGAAUCAAGCGUCCAUCUUCCUUCGAGGUCAGGCUCCGCCCCCGGGUAGCUUUCUUUUUGUUGCUCGCCGACUGACUCCGAGCUUACAGCAAAUCUUUCAGUGUAGUUCUCCUUAACUUCUCGUACUGCUGGGCCAUUCACCAGUUCUCCUUGAUUGGGAAUUCCAUUCGAUCCCGUCGCUUCCCACCAGUUGUUAAGAACACUGGUAUGUCAGAUAUCCGUUCGCUACCGGUUCCUCCCAAACUGCUAAAAGCUGAGUGAUUAUAGCUCGCAGUUCGGGUGUUGAUUCAAACGUUCUUCAGAAGACAAUGCAGUAUCCAAGUAAGUUCUCCCAGCAAUCAAACACAUACCCAAACAUCAGCCUAAACUAGUUUACAACAGGAAGUGUACAACAGGAAUGAAUUUAUUCAGGCCAACUGGCAGGUUUACAUGCAAGUCCCCAUUCAAGGGGUUUAUACCGGUGGUUGUGGUGUGCCAAAACCGACGUUCAGGUAGGCCUGUAAAAAGAUGGCCCACCAAGUAAAUGUUUUGAUAUUAUUAUUAAAUACGGACAAAGGGACUAGGAAAUCAAAUAUAAAAUGUAAGUUCAGGCGAUAGAGAUGUAAGGGGAAGUAAGUGUAAUCUAAUUAGAACCCAUUCUUAGAGAAACAAUAUAUUGAGCUAGCUCUCUAAACCCAAGGGGAAAUAAAAUCUGAUAAUUAAGUUAAAAAUAUGAAAAAUUAUAAACAUUGACAUUAUUCAAAAUCCUGACUGAGACGUUUUGGAAUCAAACUAUCGAUCUCAUAUAUCCAUCUCGUUUCUUCCUUAUUCAUUGUGUUAGUAAAGUCUUCACCUCUCCAGUUUUUAUGAAGUUGUUUAAUUGCUGUGAAUGAACUUCCUACACUGGAACAAUUAAGUAUUUGUUUAUAAUGUGUGGAGACAGAAUGGUUCUCAAUAUCUUUUUUGAUAUUGUGCAAGUGUUCUUGAAUCGUUACAUUGACCUUCCUAAUUGUACAUCCCAUAUCAUUUUGUAAUUAUGUAGUCAUACCCUUCAUACCAUCAGUUGGAGCUCUGAUAGGCUAAAGGCAGUCAGCUGACAAUCGCAGCCAAUUACAGCUGCCCAUUUCUGCUCAGUCAAAUACUUCCUAGCCAAAGCAGCACAGAGGUGAUGGUGAUCCUGAGAUUCUCGUUCAGCAUAAAAACAUUAAAAACGGUUUAAUGCUGAAUGAAAUUAUGGCACCAGGGGACACCUGACACUAUAACCAGUUUAAUGAGAUGAAGGACAUACAGCACCCAUUAAAAUCGAUUAAGUGAAUAAGUUAUGGCAAAUAAAUAAUGGUUAAUGCUUCUCAUGUGAGGGACAAAACUGCUUACAGAGAGAAGUCCUAUAAUUUUAUUAUACAAUCACAAAAACUAGAACAGCCAUAUGUCCAUUACCUUGACUGCAAUAUCACCCUUGUCGCCAGUCCUGAAUAUUACAUUUGAAUACAGUAAUCACUACAAGUUUUCUGCCAAGAUCUGAUAUAAUUUCUAAUCAGUUUUUUAUUUUAUUUUUUUAUGUAGAUGAAGAGCUGAGUAUUACCACCACACACCCCCAGGUUCCUAUUGGUCAGAUUCCAUACACUCUGUCAUUGAAUGCUCACUUCCAAUCUGCGUACGGCAUCUCCAAAAUCGAGUCUAACUGCAACAUCACCCCUUUGGAGUACACAGAUACUGACAAGACAGCAGCCAAAGUGAGCGAACCAUACAAUAACACUGACGUGUAAACCUUAGGCUUAUUAACCAAUUUUAAGAUGUACAAAGAGAGUUAAUUUCCUUUUCUGUUUCUUUCUCUGAAAUGUCUCACCUUGCAACUGGUCAUAUAAAUAGCUUGCUUUGCCAUUGUUCUGAGGUUAAAUACUUCAGAUACAGUCAUUCAUUGGCUCAGGCUGGCAUGGAUCUUGAUAGAGUGCUUUCAUGUUUUUUUUUUAAGUACAUGCUGUGUUUUUAAGGGUUUAACAUGUUGGGCUGUGACAAUAAACUCACAGUUAAAGCAUUUUGACCAAAACGCCGGUCCUUCUUUUCACCUCCUCAUGAUCCCCUUUGUCACGUUGCUUUCUUCCCCAUUUCUCCAGGUGUCUCUGGCUCAGGGGCAUAAGUUUGAACGAGAUGUUGAGCUUCUUGUUUAUUAUAAUGAGGUGAACAAGCCUAGUGCUACUGUGGAAUCAGCGCUUCCAGAUGCCAAAGCAGGUAAGCCAAUCAGAAGCCAAUCUAUUCAGCAUUCUAUUUCUUAUGUAACAUGGUUUCGGUCGGUCCUCUCCUUACCCAGUGUUAGAGUGCCUUCUCAUGCAUAAUGACUUGAGGAUGUUGGGAUCUGUGCCAAUAUAGCCAAUAGCCAAUAUGUAGCCAAUAUGUAACUUGCAGAUUAGGGGUUUGUCAAUAAGCUUAGCUGAUAAAUGAGGAGUGGAUAACCAAAGGAGGUCAUUAUAAUGCAGGUUUUAUUCUACAAACAUUUAUAUUUUACGUUACCUUUUUGGAAUUACCGGUGAGCUGCAUUUAACAGAUUUGCCAGUUUAACAACACUUGCCAGUCACAAAAUCCCAAGCGCCGUACAGCACAACCUAUUGCUCCUUGGCUACAGAGAACAGGAAUGGGUCCUCUCCCAACAUCUUCAUUAUUGUCACAGAGUGAUUAGGGAUGAAAAACAAAAUCCCUUAAACUUAACAGUUUAUCUAAGCUUCUCCUGCAUGGAUAUCUUUACUACAACAGCAUCCGCUAGAGCAGGGAUAGGCAACCUUCAGCACACCAGAUGUUGUGGACUACAUCCCCCAUAAUGCUCUUACACCCAUAAUACUGGCAAAGCAUCAUGGGAGGUGUAGUCCAAAACAUCUGGAGUGCCGAAGGUUGCCUAUGCCUGCGCUAGAGUCUGGUACAAAACAGCUCAGUUCAAACAAGCUCCAGCUUUAUCAUAUACAUUUCCUUUAUACAUUACAUUUUGUAGAUAGCUUGCAUGAAUAUAUAAUGCAUAUAUUUGUAACCUGCAAACUAUGUUUCUUAAAGCAGAACUGUCGUCGUCCCCCUUCUUCUGAAAAAUGAGUAUUUGUUUUAGAUUGAAACUUUAUGAAAUAGCCAUUCAAUGUAAACAUUACUGUUCCUACUAAUUGGCAAUGCUUUAGAACUAAAGGACCACGGCACCUAGACCACUUCAUUGAUAUGAAGGGGUCUGAGUGCCUGUAGUGGGGCUUUAUGAGAUUACAUUUUAGUUUAUAGUUUUCACUUACUCUUUACCGUAUUUAUUUUUCUCUUUUUACAUAGGGUCUGUGAUGGCAGAGCAAGUGGUGAUGUUGAAUUUCUACCCUAGCUUCCCAGCAAUGCAAGAGCAGUCUAAUUGUGGGGAGUUCAUCUUUCUCAUGGAUCGCUCUGGAAGCAUGGAAUGUGCAAUGAAUUCAAAACCAAAUUCGCCUCAACGCAUUCAGAGCGCAAAGGUUUGCAAAUGGCAUAGCGCACUAUGUGAACUUUAUUUCAUACAUGCAUAUUAAAUGAACACUCCAAACGCCAUAACCACUUAAGUUUGUUGUAGUGGUUAUGGUGCUAGGAGUGCCCUGGCACCAUCUAAUGAUAAGUCAUCAAACCGUUUCAGUAUGAUAACACAACUUGCAAAGUGUCCACAGCCACAGCCCCUCCUUCUAGUCCUCUUCACCAGGAGAAUCAAGUAAGUUCUCUAAGUGAAUAUGCCGCUCACGUUGGGCACCUGUUUUAAAUUAGGAUAUUGCAGAACUAAAAAUAUGCAGAGGCAAGCUAUAAAAUUAAUAAGGGGAAUGGUAGACAGUUAUGUAGAAAGGCUAGAAAAAAACUUUAUUUGCUUCCUUAGAAAAAAACCUUGGGUGUUCAAGGAUAUAAUUAAUAUGCAAGAGAUCAGGUUGUUGGUCCAAUGAAAAAUCUGGUUGCCAUUACAUAGUCAAGAUCAAUGUUUUUUUUCCCAUUUUUGUUGCACAAUUGCCCAUUGCUUCAAAAAUGUUUUCCCUUUUUUUUGAUAAAACGUUGUUUAAACGUUGAACUUGAUGGGCUUUCUUUUUUUUGACCUUAUUACUAUGAAAAUAUGUAAAAAGCUUCGACCUCGCGUGCAUAAGAUUUUUCCUUGAAUUAAGAAGUUGUCAAUACAACAUUCAUCACUAUAGAUUCUGCUUUUCUAAAUAAAAUUAACAACUUAUUUGUAAAGCUUUUUAUUCCUAUUUCCUAUUUAUAUUUUUCUAAUUGUAACUAAUAUUUUCCUGAUAUUAAAUCUCAUUGAAGUCUCAAUUACUGGUCUCUUGAGAUUUGUACAGUCCUAUUUAUGACCUGGUCAUCCGUAUGCUGUGUGUACUUUCCCUGAUAUGUUUUAACUAACUGGAAUUUCCUAUUGAAGGAGGGAUUAUAGCUGUGGACACUUUGCAAGUUGUGUUAUGAUACUGAAACUGUUUGACUACUUAUCAUGAGAUGGUGCCAGGGCAUAAAAUAUUUAUAAUAUACAUGUUUUAUACAGAAACUUUUGUUCAUGAGGACACAUGAUACAUACAUUUAAAAUGUUAAAGUUAAAAGUUUCUAACUCCUCAUAAAUAUUCAACAAGAUUUUGUCAGUUUAUUUCUGACCUUCUAAGUAAUGAUUUUUACAAAAUAGACGUCAUCACACCCAUCACCCUUAAACAUUCGUCAGUUAUUGCAGCUCUUCCAAGCUGACUAACUCUGUUCAUUGUCAUGUAAAAAUUUGCUCUCUCUGAUUUCUAUGAAAGUAUUACACUCAUGAUGCCCUGGUAAAUUUGAGCAUAGUGUUUGAGUGCACAUUCAUUCUCUGUAUUUCAAGAUUUAAGUUCAUGCACUCAUCAUUUCCCGACUUGACUAUUGCAACUCAUUACCCAUCGGCCAUCAGAAUAUCCACAUUGACGUACUGUAGUCUGUAAUGAAUGCUGCCGCCAGGCUCAAUUUCCUGAUAGACUACUACUCCCACACAUCACCCUUUUGCCUAUCUAUACGUUGACAUCCUGUACCCUUCAGGAUCCAAUUCGAUCUGCUAGCACUAACCUACAAAUCCCUCCAUAACGCCACUCCUAAUACAUUUCCUUCUCGUUCCCUUUACUCUGCACCACAUUCUCCUGACAUCUGUCUGUUCCCGCACUCCUAUCUCUUACCUGCAAGAUUUUUCAAGGGUUGCUCUGUUGCUUUAACAUUUCCUACCCUCUGCCAUCAGACUGUCCCCUAACCUCCGGUCCUUUAUGAAGUCACUGAAAACACACCUCUUUAGGAAAUCCUACCAUAUUCCUGGAUGACACUUCUCUCAUUACAGUUGCCUUAAUCCGUUUCCAGUUUCCUUGCCUCCAUAUCCCAGCUCCUUCUGUUCGCUUGUUCCAUAAACAACUUUUUGAAAUUAAUAUUUUUUUGUUUUUUUAAUCAAGGGUGAGGGAUACAGAAAGAAGAGAGGGGGUAGGGAGUAGGAGGGGGAAUUCAUAGCAUAUUUUAUACAUCAUACAAUGCAGGUUAACCUUGUUUAUUGUACAGCAAGUCUUAAUUUUUGGCAUCAGUUGAGUGAUACAGUAUAACUACAUAACAUUUGUAACGCUGGUUCUGUCCACUUGAAACCUUUGCGGGCACAGAACCGAGUGAUUUGACUAACCGCAUAGUAUUAUUAUCGUUGGUUUUGCAUGUCAUAUAGAAGAACACCUACUACUGACUCAGUACAAGAACCAGGUAUAGUACUGGUGCUGUUGGUAGCAGAUAGCAUUGUCUUAAUAAGCACCUCAGGUUUGUUAUUUCUAGGUUGGUUCGUAGAUUUACAGUCACACUCAUUGCAUCCUGAGUUGUGUCCAUGCCCUAUUGCGUGUUAAACCUGUGGAUGCAGGUCUAGAAAGGAAGAAGGGGGGAGGGGGGGUGACAUCCUAAAUGUGUAUAGUAGUUUUGGCAGUAGUUCCAUUUUGGUCGUGUUGACCCUACCGACCCAGGAGAGCUUAACCAUUUCCAUUUUGAGAUUAUGGUAGAGCACAUGUGUGGUAAUGUUUUGUAAUUCAAGUUAAAGAUUCCUCUUAGUGAGGGAGCUAAUUUGACCCCUGGUAAGUGAUGCUGGAUUUCCUCCAAUCAAAUGUGUAUAAUUGCACAAGUUGCUGCACCACUUGUGUCAGUAGGCCAAUUGGUAGGUCUUGUGUUUUUGACUGGUUAAGUUUGUAGUAGGAAACUAUUCCAUAUUCUUUCAGCAGCUAAAGAAGUGGCCGGUAUGGAGGCGACUGGAUUACUUAUAGUCAGCAGUAUGUCAUCUGCGAACAUUGACAGAUUGAAGACUUCCUUUCCCAAUUGUACCCCUUGUAUGUCGGGAUGGAGUCUAAUUUUGUGUGCAAGUAGUUCUAAGCAUAUGAUAGGGGCGAGAGAGGGCAUCCCUGCCAUGAGCCAUUGGUAAUAUGGAAAUGGUUAGAUGCAUGUGGGAGAUAAUAUUCAUCACUUUACGUAUGUUCCCCGGACGAAGCCGGAUUGAUCAGCAUGGAUUAUGCGCACCAACCUGUUUGCUAGAAUCUUGGCAUAGAGUUUUACAUCAGUAUUCAAAAUGGAGAUGGGGCGUAAAUUGGGGCAUGUAGUGGAUGGCUUCCUCGGUUUGGGUAGGAUGAAGAUCCUGUGCAACUAACCUGUCACUCGGGAGGGUCCCUUUGUUGUAACAGUUGUUGAAAAGUAUAGUCAAGUGUGGGGUCAGGAUGUCUGCAAACGUUUGAUAGUGAAUGUUAGACUAUCUGUCCGGGACAGGAGCUUUAUGAGCUGGAAAGGUUUGUUAUAGCCUCAUGUAUUCUGUGGGGGUGAAGGGUGCGGAAAUGCAGCACAUUUCUUCUAGCUGCAAUUGUGGGAAGUCUACAGAGUUCAAAAAUUCCUGUAUGGACUCUGUGCUCGGGUGCGGAGCGAGUGGGCCGUCUUUUAAAUUGUAUAGGUUGCUGUAGUAUGUGGCAAAUUAAUUGACAAUAUCCUGUGGGUUGAGGAGUUUGCCCUUAGUGGGGGAGUCGAUAUGUGCUAUUUUGGACUGGGUCAUGUGUGCUUGUAGUUGAGAAGCUAAAUGUUAGACAUGUGCAUUUGUUUUCGUACGAAUACGAUUUUGUCCGAAAAUUCUGUUUUUUUUCGUGUUUGUUUACUAGAACAUAAACAAAAGCCCUACAUACGAAAUAUAAACAAAACGAAAGGGCAAAUGCUGAAUGCAUUACCUUUUCGUUUCGUUCGUUUAAUAGACUCCGUGCUGCAGGGGAAUUAACCCCCACAGCACGGAGAAAUAACAGUGCGCAUGCGCAACCCCCCCCCCCCCCAAAAAAAAACAAGGAGGGAGCCGUUAGCGCUACCAGCUCCCUCCAUGUAAUAUUAAUUCAUACCCCCACCUUAAAACCUAUGGAGGGCACUAUGACACCCAUAUUAAUAAAUGGGUGGUUAAAUCCUCCCGCAUGCCCCUACUCGCAGCAUGCCUCCGAAACAGCGCUGCUCGAUUUCGUUUCAAACUAGAUAUAAAUCAGUAUGAGGGUCACUAUGACCACCAUUUUGCAAAAACGGAGGUUAGGUUCUUCCCGCGAGAAGGGGCAUGUCACCUAAACAAAUUUAAAACUACUCGUGAGCUGCCCAGUCACUAGUGCAAUAAGGAGGGACCUGGCACAGGUUCACCCUGUUCCCCCAUGGUGGGGAACACAAAUAAUUAAAAUGGAGGGGGACAUAGUGCCUAUGCAAUUGAUAUAAACGGAGGGGAUCUAAUGUCCCCCAUGGUCUCCACCUAUAAGCGGCAGGUGGAGACCCUAAAUAAAUAAAAGGGGGUACCUAAUGCCCCCCUGGUCCCCACCCAUGAGCGGCGGGUGGGUGUCCUAAAUAAAUAAAAAAUGGGGGGGACCUAAUGUCCCCCCCCAGGUCCCCACCCAUGAGCGACGGGUGAGGACCACAAAUAAUAAAGGACCAAGCCCUAGUCACUCCCCCCUCCCCCCACACAAUAAAAAUAAUAGUGAGGGGGAGGGGCAAUAAACUAAACCUGUAAAAUAAAAUUACAUACUUAACAUUAGAUUUCAAAAAAGAAACCAACCAAUCACAGUGUUAUGAGUCAAAUUACACAGCAUGAGAAAAUUCCAAAGAACUUUCCCACGCUGUGCAAAAUAACACAGAGUACUCUGAUUGGUUGGAUUUCAAGCCAACCAACCAGAGUGCUGUGACUGGUAAAUGUAGAGACUUACCGGUCAGUCUCUUCAUUUACCUGUCAGAGCACUCUGAUUGAUUGGUUGGCUUAACCAAUUAGGUCCCCCCCAUUAUUUAUUUAGGGUCCCCACCCGCCGCUCAUGGGUGGGGAUCUGGGGGGGGACAUUAGGGUCCCCCCCAAUUAUUUAUUUAUUUAGGGUCCCCACCCGCCGCUUAUGGGUGGGGACCAAGGAGGACAUUAGGUCCCACGGUUUAUAUUAAUAGCCCCCACUCACGGUUCACUGUGUCCCCCCAUUUUAGUUAUUUGUGUACCCUACCAUGGGGGAAUGGGGGGACCUGUGCCAGGUUUCCCCUCUUUGCACUAGCGACUGGGCAGCAAUAGCUGCCCAGUCACCAGUAGUUUUAAAUGACAGCGAGCAGCCACUGGGGGUCAUGUGGGAGGAUUUUACCUCCAUUUUAUCAAUAUGGGGGUCAUAGUAGCUGCUAGCUGUCAUUUAAAACUGGAUAUAAAUGUAUUCUAUAUAGAAGUCUUAGAGCUACGGUCAGAGUAUGUCUGAAAAGUAGAUAUUUAGAUCUAAAUAGCUACUUUUUAAUAUUGCAGCAUUGUUAUAGUUUUUUGCUAUAACUUUUGGUUACAGGUACUCUUACCUAGCCCUCUAUCACUUCUAUGUUAGAUACUGAUUUUCAUAUCCAGUUUUAAAUGACAGCGAGGAGCCACUAGCUGCUCGCUAUUUAGGCGACAUGCCCCUACUACACAGGGGACCUGGCACAGGUAGGGGCAUGCGGCAGGAUUUAACCUGUGCCAGGUCCCCCCUUAUUGCACUAGUGACUGGGCAGCAAUAGCUCUCUCGAUUAUAAGCUCUCUUGAGCACCUUUUUCAACUCUUGUCAAAUAUUCCCAUUCUAUUAUAGUAAAGUGCUGCAGACUAUGUUGGCGCUAUAUAAAUUAGUAAUAUUUUUCCUGAGAUAAAUGUACAUUGAAUGAAGUAUCCGAUUCUCUCUUUUCUUUCAGGAGACACUGGUCCUUCUAUUAAAGAGUUUACCACUUGGUUGUUACUUCAAUAUAUAUGGUUUUGGGUCCCAUUUCGAGUCCUUUUUUCCGUGAGUAUGUAUAUAUUGUGAAUGCAAUUCGGUUAAGUUAUGAAAGUUGUCUGUGGUUUAAAGAUUUAGUAAUUGGCUCAGCUGAGUGAAAACCAACUGCAGAAAUACCUAUGUAGGUUUACCUGCAGGUUGAAUCAUAGCUGCUUCCUUCCCUUUUACAGCAUGAGCAAAUAAAUCAUUUUAUUAAUGGAGUCAAUAUUUAAUAUUUCAUAUAUGGACUGCUACAAAGAAUUUGUGAUCAUUCUUUAGCUUGUGGUUGUCGUGAUUACGCAAAGUAAAACUUGGUCAGUUUUCGUCUUUUGAGGAAAGCCAUGUAAGAUUCCUGGCAAUGUAUUGAUAAUGGACCUAUUGGAAAUGUACUCACUGAAACAAUAUGCCAAAAAUAUAUAAACUGAGAUACAAGUUCAUUGCUUUGAAUGCACGUAUAGCCUGUCUGCAAGGAGUCUCUGAUUAUCACCUAACCCCUCAGGGAAACCAUGGAGUACACACAGAAGUCAAUGGAGGAGGCGGUGAAGAAAGUUACAGAGAUGGAAGCAGACUUUGGAGGAACAGAAAUCUUGCAACCCUUAAAAAAAAUCUAUAAAACUGGUGUCAGGUCAGAACACCCACGACAGGUAAGAGACUCACAAGACAGAAAGUAAUGGGCCAUGUAAUGCAGAUUUAUUGUUAUAGCUCUGUUUAUAAAUGAUUGUGAGCUCUCCUUUUUAUACCAUGGAGUGAAUAAGAAAGGCACAUGGUAACCUCCUCUCUCUCUCACAUGAUUAUUAUUAUUUUAUUAUUUAUAUAGUGCCAUCAGAUUCCGUAGCGCUGUACAAUGGUACAAUGAUGUAUGCAUGCUCCAUGCUUAAUUGCUGUUUUUUUUUUUCUCCUCAGCUCUUUGUUUUCACAGAUGGAGAAGUUGGGAAUACCAAGCAAGUGAUAGCAGAAGUUCAAAAGAACUCCCAACAUCACCGGUGAUUAUUACAUUUAUUCUCAUUAGGGAGGACAUAUUUAAUCUAUUUCUACAUGAGCAACUACAGCGUACGACAUUAAUGCAAUUUUUAUUGCGUUUCCAGAUGGGUUGUACCUUUGUUGUUACAAGUGUAUAGAAAUCAAAAUAAAAGGAGGAGAUCACUGUAGGUUAAUGUAGCGCUGGAAUGAAGAGUAUGCAAACAUUCCUAAUGCAAUGGAUCAGUCAUUAGAUCACAUAAACUAUUUUACAGAGUGAAUUGAGAAAUCAUUUUAAAUGGAAUAGCCCAUGGACUUUCUAAAUGCAUUUUCUCUCCUUCAUACGCUCACAAUCCUGUAGAGAAUCAUUAACAAAUGGUGCUGACUAAGAUGGACCAGAGAGAGAGAUCCCAUUAUUCUAUUGAAUAAUGCAUGCCAUGGGUCUUAUCAGAUAGUGGUAGAAGUAUCUGUGAGAAGUUAAUGCCUGUGCUUGUGCGCAGAUGUUAGCUACAAGGCUACAACCUACGUUUUUAAGGUUUCAUGACUUCUUUAUCGAGGUUGUGGUUAUAUUCUUCCUAUAGGAUCUAGAUGUAGCUAAAUUUCAAGCUGAAGCCUAGUAGUUCUUAUGUCGUUUGCUGUAGAGUUUGACUUCCUAGCCAUAAUGUAGCUCUCAUUAAUUCUCCAUGCAGGUGUUUUACUUUUGGAAUUGGUGAAGGAGCCUCCACGGCUUUGAUCAAAGGCAUGGCAAAGGCUGCAAAUGGCACCUAUGAGUUUGUCACUGGUGAAGACCGAAUGCAGAGCAAGGUAAUCCUCAAAAUAGGUCGGAUAACAUCUCUGCUAAUAUGGUAAUAAAUAUCCAGCUGCCGCUAGUUUGCAAAUAUACUUUGGGAUUCUAUAUGUUGUAAAUGACCAACUUUUAAUUGAUUUCUGAAGAAUAGUAGCUCCAGCUCUAACUAACUUUCUCAAUCAAUGCUCAAUCUAACAUGGCUGCUGUGGUGAUUGUUCUGUGUGAUCCUGCAGCAGCAGCCAGGUUAGGUUGAGUAGCAGUUGGUCAGAUAACAGUAGAAUGUGACCCAACCUGGCUGCUCAGCCAGAUAACAAAAGUUAACUUUUCUCUUAAAAAUCAAUAUACACUAUUAAAAAAUAAUCAUUAUGUUUCAUUAAAUUGAAUACAUUUAAAAAAGGAAAAAGUGAACAUUUGGUAACAUUAGAGCGAGUAUCAUUAAUGCAGUAUAAAGACUAACCAAGAAGCAACAUCCAAACUGCAUUGUAACCCCUGGGUUCCAUCUGGGUCUAUCCAUGUUAUCCCCUAGUUAUUCACUAAACACAGAAUAUUUUUCUAGAUCGAAUAAAAUCUGCACAAAUUAGCAAAUCCCAACUGGAUUGGAACAAUCAAUAAUUUCAACAAUUUGAUAAGCAUAGUAUAAAUCAAAUAACACCUUCAUGCAACCCCCACAAAUGUGCACUGUAGAAUAUUGCAUAUUCUAUGUUUCUAUUGAUUAUAUAUAUGGAUGUGUGGAUUGACAUAAGUAACAGAUGGUAUCAAUAAGUCACAAGGCUUUCUUUGUCCGAGAGUUCUGGAAUGUGGAUGUGGGGGUUUUGUCCUUAUAUGGCUAGAGUUAUAUGCUGACGUUAGUAUUAGCACUUCUAUAUAGUAACAGAGGGACACGAGGUCUCUCAGUCUUGGUCUCACUCUUGGCUUGGCUCUGUACAACGAUGUAACUCUCCCAUCAGAAGUCCAGCAAUUACCAUCUGCUGUUAAAUGUCCAUUAUCCUGUAACAUCCUAUAUUAUGUUUUAUGUAUCCGUAACUAAGAAUAAACCUGAAGAAACCGUAAGUCAGAUUGCGUAUUACUACUUUUCAAUAAUAUAGACAUAUAUUAUUGUAGCGAGCAUUUGGCCCAAGAAUAUAUAUACAAAAGACGUAUAUAUAUCAAUCAACUGAAGACAAGAAGAAAUUAAGAAAGAGUCUACAUUAACAUCCAUUCAUCUAGUUUUUUUACAUGCACAACCGUUCUCAGCAUUGUUUUUGCACAUAUUAAAACCUGGGAUGUAUCAAAUGUAAGGCAUACGUUUUCAUUUGCACAUCAUGAGCCCAUGAAGUUAUCACUUACUAAAGCAAAAUCUGCACUUUAAAAAAAAAUAAAAAAGUCUUUAUUUUUGUCAGGCACCAAUACAGCAAGAUAAUACAUUGUGGUUUGUGCCGAUUUUCAUCUUCAUAACCGAGUCAAGGUGCCAAAAAACACACAAUAUAAAAUGCAAAAUAUAAUAUGUGAGGACAUGUGCAGGUGUUUAAUUUUGUCAAAACAAGAAAACAGGUGUCUGAUGAGCCAUAUUCUGUGUGAUAGUUUUUUUUUGCAUCCACCAUUGUUUUCAUACCAUACCCACCUUGAAUCAGUAAUAGAAGGAUGUCUGCUCAACCCAGUAGCUGUUUCUAGGUGCCCUGAUGGGAGUAUCACUGACAGCAGUUUUGAAGUAUACCCACCCAGAUGUCGUUCUAUUCAGAGAAUCCAAUGCCGCUGUGGGAGGGAGGGGGGGCAUGGCUGUCUUUGCUUCCAAUAAUAAGACCUGUCACUGGGCAGGGAAAUCUGCUAUCUCGGCUCCCGGUAACUCACUCUGCCACUCGGAAGGGAGACCGGCUAUCUCCGUUUCCGGUGCUGUAAACUGCCGUUGGGGAGGGAGGCUGACGUAACCCCAACUGCCACUCCGGAGGGAGACCGACUGUCUCAUUUUCCAGGAUUGCGCACUGCCAAUGGGGAUGGAGACAGGCACUCUCCGCUCCCAAUAAUACUACUUGUCGCUGGGGAGGGAGACCUGGACGACUACCGCCGAUUUGCCCUUUUAUGUUAAUUUACGUUUGUGUACUCUCUGUUCAGACAUUGCUUUCUGUACUGUAUCACUGUUUCAAUAAACUGCUAUUUAAAGCAAAAAAUAUUAACAUUUUUGUUUACAAUCCAUUUUGCUAAGCUUUUUUAUUAAUUGGUAUUUUUUGCUGUACUGUAUCUUCUUCUAGGUUCUAAAGGCCUUGAAACACGCUUUACAGCCCUCUGUGAAAGACAUUGCCUUAAAAUGGUCUCUUCCGGCUGGGGUGGAGUCUGUGCUACUGUCUAAAACCCCUAGUGCCAUCUUCCAGGGUCAAAAAUCUAUCAUUUAUGCUCAGCUGAAAGGAACAGUAAGUGUAAUGCAUUGAUAAUGAUUUUGUUCCGUAUUGUUUUAUUUUCAUGUUGGCAAUCAGUAAGAUAUGCAGACAUCGGUAUAAUCAAAUUUUAUUAUUCUUCCAGUCAGAAUGCAGAAAGUGACUGUUCAUGAGUCUAACUCAGAAUAUGUUCACUGUUAGAAGUUGUUGUUUUGUUUUUUAAAUCUCAUAUUGUAUUAGUCAUUUUAAGUUCUUUAACAAAAGAGAAAAAAUAGAGAAAAGAAACAGUAAGUUCUCAGUAAACAUUACACUCUCAGCACCCAGUAAUCCCCUACCAUCUAAGGUGCAUUUGACUCUGUGCCACACAGGAGCCUUGUCAUGUCUUAUUGUACUAACAGCUUGGAAGUUUCCAGGCACCCCAGACUCGUAUGACAUUAUCGGCUGCCCCCUUCUCUUCCGACCAGCCAAAGCCCAUGAAAUCAAAGAAGGCAACACCCAAAGAGGGGAAAAAAGGCCCCACUUGUCCAACUUGUAUCUAGGUGCAACCCCAUCUGCUCCUCAUAUUUCCCCACCAGUCUGCUUUCGAAUCAUGACUCCUGCCUUGACAGGCACAGCCCCUUAUGUCACAAUCUCCCUGUUCUUCCCAACCCCUAUAGCUCCCUCCCAUCUGGACAUGUAUACAUUCCAGGGUAUCCAUUGUUCAGUGUGUUUGAGCACCCUGCCCUGCAAGGAGACCAUCAUGUAUGUGGCCACUCUAAUCUACACCACCCGCCCCAGGCACUGUUGUUUAGUGGGAGUCUCCUGCUUUUUCCAGAGGGGAGGUACCAGCAACUUAGCGGCAUUCAUCCAUUUCCUUGAACUUUUGUAAUUUCUGUCCUCUCCCACAUUAUCUUGACCGUGCUCCUGUCCUGUUAGCAGAGUUAGGUUCAUAUUGAUGUUAUGGUUAGGGAGGGAGGAGUGUGUGAACUGUCAUGUUUAGCUCACCCAAAUAGCUAACUACAUGUUAUUAACUAAAUGUUAGCUAUUGAUUGCACAAAAAGUUUAAAAAAAAUCUUUAUAUUUACUAACAUAGGUUGAGCAAAGUAUGUCAACUUGAUAACUCUUGCAGUGUUGUGUAAACAUAGUGCGUGUGUGCGGUACUCCUUGAGCCAAUUCAGAAUUUCUCUGUUAGAUGCCUGAGCUCUUUGGGUUAAACAAAGAACUGUAACUUCUCUGGAAGCAGUAAAUAUGACAUUUAGGAUUUUGAUUGGAGUUACAAUUGGCACUCGAGUUAGCAACAGUUGUGAACAGUGAGAAUAAUAAAGGUUAGUUACAGAAUAACUGUUAAAGUUAGAAUCUAAUUUUGGGUUAGUCUUAGAUGUAUCUCUUAUCUGUUUGUUUGUUUUUUGUGUAGGUGGAUGAGCAUUCUAAGGGUGAAGUUUCUUUGGAGUACAAAUUUAAAGAUGACAUUUUCAGGAAUGUUCUGCCAUUGUCUUUUCAUGUUGGAAAAACUGAGAGGUAAGGGAAGUCUAUAAACAAUGAGUAUUUAUAGUGAUACAUCUAGGAACAGAAUUGACACAAGUGUAGAGAAACUGCAGGUAGCAGUAUUAAUAUACUGCUACUUUGAUGUCUUCGCUGCUUCUAAAUUGUCUAUUUUACAUUCUAUUGUUUAUCUUUUCUUUUAGAUUUUACAGUGUGCAGUAUAGGGUAAUACAAACAGUGCUGUGGGAAUGAAGCAUGAACCAUAUAGUUUUAUGUCAAAUCUCUUCCCAUUUUAGACCCACCAUUCACAGACUGGCAGCCAAGGCUCUAAUCUCUGAGCUGGAGAAUGGAACAGACUCCGAUUCAGAGGAGGUGAAGAAGAGGAUAUUGGAGACCAGCAUUCAGUCUGGAGUAAUCUCGUCUCUCACAUCCUAUGUAGCUGUCAAUAAGGAAACCAAGCAGCCUGUGCAGGGUCCUCCCGUGCAUCGGGAUAUACCAGCUCCAGGUUAGACACUAUCCAAGUCCAGAACUGGGUCAUGCAGAAUGUCCAGGCCCAGGGAAAGAAUCUUAGUGUAUAGAGGAAGUAAAACUCAUUAUUUAAAGGGAUAUAUCAGUCUGUAAAAAUUGUUUAAAGGAAAAAAAAACUAGUCACCUCUUUAUUAACCCCUGAAGAAGCAGCAUUUCAACCUGGAUUAAAGGUGAAUUUUAAUCACUAUAACCACAACAGUCUCAGGUGUGUACACACCGCAAAUGCGACACUCGGGCGAUAUGCAGCCUGUUAAGUCUAUAUGUAUCCCAUGACCACCACAUUUUUUUAUUGUUCAUUUAAACAUUUUACACAAUAGCCUCUAAACCUCCCCUUGUGUCAGAAUUCUUAAAGGGAAAAUGGAUCAGUUUCUGUGUGUGCAAUAGUUGAAUGUGGUCUUUUAUGUUUGUAUUUGAGACUGUGUGUGUGCUUAGACUUAUAGAUCUGAAUUUGUACCUAAAUGCAUUAAUAAAUGUUGUAUCUAAGUUGGUUCAAUUUCCGGAUCUCCAUUCAGGAUGUGUAAAUGUGUGUGGGUUGAUCUGUAAGAAUGAAUUGGUUCUAAAUAGAUUUGCUCCAUAAGCCCAUUGUUCUGCCCAUUACUUGCCCCACUAUUACCAUUAUAGAGGAUUUAAAUCGAAAUACUAUAUAUUAAAAAUCAAUAUUCAUUUUACAGGAUUUGUGAAAAAACACAGGAUGUAAAAGCACUUAAUCACAGCAAGAGGCAUAUGUCACUCUAUACAGGGAGUGCAGAAUUAUUAGGCAAGUUGUAUUUUUGGGGAUUAAUUUUAUUAUUGAACAACAACCAUGUUCUCAAUGAACCCAAAAAACUCAUUAAUAUCAAAGCUGAAUAUUUUUGGAAGUAGUUUUUAGUUUGUUUUUAGUUAUAGCUAUGUUAGGGGGAUAUCUGUGUGUGCAGGUAACUAUUACUGUGCAUAAUUAUUAGGCAACUUAACAAAAAACAAAUAUAUACCCAUUUCAAUUAUUUAUUAUUACCAGUGAAACCAAUAUAACAUCUCAACAUUCACAAAUAUACAUUUCUGACAUUCAAAAACAAAACAAAAACAAAUCAGUGACCAAUAUAGCCACCUUUCUUUGCAAGGACACUCAAAAGCCUGCCAUCCAUGGAUUCUGUCAGUGUUUUGAUCUGUUCACCAUCAACAUUGCGUGCAGCAGCAACCACAGCCUCCCAGACACUGUUCAGAGAGGUGUACUGUUUUCCCUCCUUGUAAAUCUCCCAUUUGAUGAUGGACCACAGGUUCUCAAUGGGGUUCAGAUCAGGUGAACAAGGAGGCCAUGUCAUUAGAUUUUCUUCUUUUAUACCCUUUCUUGCCAGCCACGCUGUGGAGUACUUGGACGCGUGUGAUGGAGCAUUGUCCUGCAUGAAAAUCAUGUUUUUCUUGAAGGAUGCAGACUUCUUCCUGUACCACUGCUUGAAGAAGGUGUCUUCCAGGAACUGGCAGUAGGACUGGGAGUUGAGCUUGACUCCAUCCUCAACCCGAAAAGGCCCCACAAGCUCAUCUUUGAUUAUACCAGCCCAAACCAGUACUCCACCUCCACCUUGCUGGCGUCUGAGUCGGACUGGAGCUCUCUGCCCUUUACCAAUCCAGCCACAGGCCCAUCCAUCUGGCCCAUCAAGAAUCACUCUCAUUUCAUCAGUCCAUAAAACCUUAGAAAAAUCAGUCUUGAGAUAUUUCUUGGCCCAGUCUUGAUGUUUCAGCUUGUGUGUCUUGUUCAGUGGUGGUCGUCUUUCAGCCUUUCUUACCUUGGCCAUGUCUCUGAGUAUUGCACACCUUGUGCUUUUGGGCACUCCAGUGAUGUUGCAGCUCUGAAAUAUGGCCAAACUGGUGGCAAGUGGCAUCGUGGCAGCUGCACGCUUGACUUUUCUCAGUUCAUGGGCAGUUAUUUUGCGCCUUGGUUUUUCCACACGCUUCUUGCGACCCUGUUGACUAUUUUGAAUGAAACGCUUGAUUGUUCGAUGAUCACGCUUCAGAAGCUUUGCAAUUUUAAGAGUGCUGCAUCCCUCUGCAAGAUAUCUCACUAUUUUUGACUUUUCUGAGCCUGUCAAGUCCUUCUUUUGACCCAUUUUGCCAAAGGAAAGGAAGUUGCCUAAUAAUUAUGCACACCUGAUAUAGGGUGUUGAUGUCAUUAGACCACACCCCUUCUCAUUACAGAGAUGCACAUCACCUAAUAUGCUUAAUUGGUAGUAGGCUUUUCGAGCCUAUACAGCUUGGAGUAAGACAACAUGCAUAAAGAGGAUGAUGUGGUCAAAAUACUAAUUUGCCUAAUAAUUCUGCACUCCCUGUAUAUCAAGAAGGAAACGGUGACAGAAAAUAAAUAGAAAAAUAAACGCAAAACAGUAUACUUAAAAUAUGUAUUGCUAUUAGAUAUGCUCUCUACAGUACAUGCAAAAAAAAUGUACAAAAGUUGUUUGGUAUGUUAAGUAUUAUUUCUGCUGGUGGCCAAGAAAGGGAGAAAAUUGUACAAAUAAAACAAUGUAGUACAAUUACUACAUCUAACUGGGGCAGUGUAUAUGGUUAUUACAGAGAAGUGAAGUAUGUAAGUUGAUUAACUUUAUAUGUGUUCUUCUCUCUCAGGUUUAAUGAUGAUGCGGUCCAUGCCUUUCUCCCUGCCAGGGAGACCUAUGGCAAUGGCUUGUGCGAUGCCUAAGAGGGCAGCUUGUGCACAAGUAAAGUCUGGCGGUGGAGACAUGCCUCAAACUGUGAAGUGUGUUCACAAGAGAAAAAGCAAGAAAAACAGUUCUCAUGAGGAAACUUAUUGUAAGUUCUGUAAUUUCCCUUAAUAUCCUCAGCUUCUUCUAAUAAAGAAUUCUGUAUAGUAAAUUACAUUUUGUAGAUAAGGUUGAGAAACAGCGUGAUUAGCUUAUGUUCAUACGCAUAUUUCCUACAAUAUUGAUAGCUCCUAUGUAUUUAGACAUUGCAGAUAAAGCUAGAUGGUUGAUGGCGAUUUAAAUAUUUUUUUUAUGUGGUUCUUUUAGCGUUAAGGUUUUACCGUUGCAGUACCUGGUAAUAGCCCAGUUCAUGCAAUUCACACCAUCCUAGCAGAAGAAUGACACCAGGUGCCACAUCACAGCAUCUUUUAUUAAUGUAGAACCAAAACAAAAUAUGUCAGAACCUGUGGGAUACAGUAGUAUACCUAAAAAAUAAACAGAACAUGGUGUGAUAAAAAUAAUAAUAAAUCGUGAAAAGACUGCACUCACAAACUUCAGGAGAAUUCAAGCAUCUCGCAAAUCCUUUGCUCUAGAGGAUGAGAGGGAGUGGGGAGGAUUUGUGAGAUGCUUGAAUUCUCCUGAAGUUUGUGAGUGCAGUCUUUUCAGGAUUUAUUAUUAUUUUAAUCACACCGUGUUCUCUUUAUUUUUUAUAUUUUAGAUAUACUACUGUAUCCCACUGGUUCUGACAUAUUUUGUUUUGCUCUAUGUAAGAUCACUUACAGGGAAGUGGUUGUGGGAAGCUGUAUACAAAAGUUAAGUUUAUUAUUUAUUUACCGCUUUUCGCACAUGUUGGGUGAAUAUAGGGGUAUUCGUAUAUACUAUUAAUGUAAAACCAUUGCCCUCUAGCUUGCCAGCACUGAUUCAAACCUUGACUGCAUGUCAACACAGAGAUCCUACUGCUGCAAUAUCAGUAUCCUUUUUUUUAAUUCUUGCACCUGACAGCGCAUUAGCUUAGUAGGUUAUUGUGGUUUUUGACUUGUUACAAUUAUUUAUAUAGCGCCACCAUUUCUGCAGUGCUGUACAAUAGAUAAACAAGUUAAAUAAUUCUAACAAAAACAUGAGUGAUAUACUGGAACAAUAGGUGCAGAGGUCCCUGCCCAAACUAGCACACAAUCUAAAAGGAUGAGGGAAAAAUACACAAAGGGAAUUAAGCCAUUAGCAAAACCUUGGGUUAAAAGUUAUCCAGCCAGGGGGCGUGACUCCGGGCACUAAUGGAGACAUUCUGGGCCUCCUGAAAAAUGUUCGCACCUUGUUCCAAGCAAAUAUUGCGUUGCUGCUGGAAGAGUCAACAGCAGUCAUAGAUUGGUUGAAAGCUGGUGAGGAGGAUGUUUUCUCUGACACAACGCUAUGUCUCAUCCUCACACCAGGCCCUGCAGGCCAGACUAGAUGUGCUGGUCGACCCACAACAAUGCAGUAUGAGCUGCCUCACUUCUUCUGACGCAAUCUACCUGCUAUCCUGCACCCCAGGCAGGCUAAAAACACUUCAGUGUAUGGCUCAUAUCGGCUCACCAAGACCUGUUUUCAGUUGUUUGGGGAUAAGAUGGCAGAGGCGCUUAAAAGUAAGAGCUCCUUCAAAUUUGAGGAUAUGUAGCUCACUUUCCUGCAGAACCUCUGCAGGGCCACGCUGGACAGAAGAAACUCAGUCCAUCGGGUUACUCUGACCCUCCGAGAAGCUGGCAUCAGGUACAGAUGAGGUCUAUCCUGCACACUCCUGGCCUUCAAGGGAGAUUACCACCUUAUCACUUAUUUCGUGUGAGAACUCAGGCUCCCUCCUUACAAGGUUGCGGCUUGACUAGCCUAAUUGCAGCAACCACUCUGCUGGAUGCUGCUCUGCAGCAGACAACGGCUGAGACAGUCAUGACAUUCUUGGUGUACGAUUUGCCACUAUUUUGUGGAGUGCGUUGCCAAAAUGUGUCCCAGAUAGCUAUUUUUCAUUGUUCUUGCAUUAGUUUUUACAUUUUUCGUUUUGAUUUUGCAGUUCUUCUUAGUCUCAUGAUUGAAUCUAAAUCUCUGUCUUUAAGUCAGGUCCGACCAACCAUCAUCCCUCCCCAUCGUGGUGCUCAGGGGUUAUUAAACUAUAAAUGUUUACCCUCUUGUCCUUGUAGUUACGCAUAACAUUCUAAUUUUGUUUGAUUCUGUUUUAUCAUAUGUUAUACUAUUUACUUUUAAUACUUAUAGUCUUAACAGCCAAUUUAUGGCUUACUCUCAGUACUUUAGGGCUCCUAGGCUGUCCUGUUUCUCUGACUGUUCAUUACCAAAUGGCUUCCCUCUGUAGGUUUUACUAAUGUAUACCUUGCCUGCCUUUACUAUAGUAGCCCAAAUAGUAGCUGGUUGUGGCCACUUAGACUGCCUUGCCCAUCUUCAUUAUAUAUUAAAAAGCCCUUCUUCCAGCCAUCUCUAUCUUCUCUAGUCAUAAGCAAAAUGUAGCCUUCUGGAGGACCAUAUCAAGACUUUAUCCUGCAUAUUAUAAUUGCAAUUAUAUUUUACACACCUUGCAAUUUUGUAUUUAUUUUUUUGCAACUUCUAUUAGUCAGAUCCUGGGUAAUCUAAGCAUAUUCCUGAAUGUGUGUGAUUUUAAAGUACACAAGUAUCCAACUCCCUCUAGCAUGUAAGCUCAUUGAGCAGGACCCUCAACCCCUCUGUUCCUGUGUGUCCAACUUGUCUGGUUACAACUACAUGUCUGUUAGUCCACCCACUGUAAGGUGCUGCGGAAUUUGUUGGCGCUAUAUAAAUAAUAACUUAAUAAUAAUAAUCAUAAUAAUACCCAGUUUUAACAUACAUAUACGAACCACUAAUAACAUGCAAUUUCUUUUUCUUCAGAUCUGAUGUACUUAAUUUAAUUGGUAUCAGUUUAAUUUAUUUAUUGUUUUCUUAGCUUCAGGCCCCGAAUCCACAGACAUGUCAACGACUGAGAUUCCUGCUCUUUUCAGAUUGAUUUCUCUGCAGAAUGCAGACGGUUCAUGGAGCCUCAGCCCUGAAUUGGCUGCUGUCCUAAGUUUAAGCGAGGACACGCUUAAGCAGGGAAAGCCUCAACAGGUAUUUACCAAUGAGUUAUAUUUCAUACCUAGUAACUAAUCAACUUUUCCAGAUACAAACGUAAUCACUCAAUUGGUUGUGGUUUAGAUGUGGCUGUUAGUAGUGAUGACAGAAAGGACUUGUACAGCAGCAAUAUCCAUAGGUGCAAUCAUUCCUCAGAUUUUAGUUGAAAAGUUACAAAUGUUUAGAUAUUACACUUGUUGGGUAUAGCUAUGUGGUUAAAAUGGUAAUUUUACCAUAUAUCUUAAAUCGUUACUGCUGCUUACCUGUACCAUUAGUUAUGUCCUAUAUUGAUGGGAAGAGAAGUAUUGAUUUGGGGUUAAGUAAACUCAAUGGCUCUCCGGAUGAUGGCUAGAUCAUGUAUGUGAGCCUGAGGUGGCCUUGCGGUGCCAAAACUGGAGUUAAAUUAUUGCAAGGCUGUUGUAAAUGUUGAGGUAGAAUUAUCCUGUGUGUAAAGUCUGUUGUGUAGACAUUGAGAUGAUGAUACCUCUUGGGAGGUUGCCAUGGUCAACUUUUCCAAAAGCCAAUGUUGACCAUGGAUUUUCUCGCUAUGCAAACCUGCAAAUUUGGGAAAUCAGUGAGAGAUGGGUUCUCCCCGCUUUACUCUGCUGUGUUUCCAGUAGUUUGCAACUCAGAGUUCUAUAGAUGGUCACAAAAUUGAAAACUUUAAUUUGUGGCUAGAGCAUCCGAUUGUGACUAUUGUUGACAUCGUCCAUAGAGGGAGGAGAGUAAUCCCAGAUGUAGAGGACUUUUACAGUCGAUUCUGUGUAUAUAUCUCAGUUCACAAGGAAUCUGGUGAACUCAAAGUACUUUCCAAGUGAUAUAUUUUAUUUAAGUCAGUGAAAGAGUUAUAGUUGUCUAGGUUGAAAAAAGGUUAAUCAAGUUCGACCAUGAUGCCCAUUUUUUCUGCUGUUGAUCUAAAAGGAGAAAAAGUGGUAGCAUUCUCUAGUUAUGCCACAAAAAGGGGAAAAUCCUUCUUAACUCCAUAAUGGCAGUCCGAUUUCUCCUUGGAUUAACAACCUUUUGACAUACGUAUCAAUUAUAUCCUUGAACAUUCUGUUUAUGCAAAAGAGCAUCCAAAACUUUUUUUUAAUUAUCUAUAGAAUCUGAUAACACAACCACUUUAGGCAGAGGAUUCCACAUCUGUAUUGUUCUUACUGUGAAGAUGCCUUUCUGCCAGUCUCAGUGGGUGACCUCUUGUCUGUUGUACAUACCUGCUAAUUAACAAGUUAGCACACACACACACAUAUAUAUAUAUAUAUAUAUAUAUAGUGACAAACUUACUUUCCUGUGUGUGUUUGUCCAGGAUCUUUUGGCAACCGCACAGCCCUCUAGGGUAAGAAAACCAGGUCAAGACAAAGUCCAGUUUCAAAAAGGCCUCUGGCCUGUUUAUUUUCUGUUGUUGUGAAGUAACAGGAUACAAUGAACAGCAAAUCUUCUUUCUCCUCCAAAACACUUCCCUCACUUCACCCUGCUUUAACUGCAGUUAUAUCGCUGCUCACAGCCCCUACAGGUGAGGCUAAUGACCUCGUUAGGCAGUGAGCCAGAACUCUAUGGAAAACCUGGGCUGGACUCAUGCACAACCACUCUGACAGUUAUUUGUCGGUAGUUUCAACAUACGUACAUAGCAAGUAAAUAUUUACAACUAUCUAUUUUUCUUCUUUCGUCUUGGGUUUGGGGUGGGGUACAGAAGUAAGAGGGGUGAGGGUGAGGGUGAGGGUGAUUUCUCGUUUGCGGUUUGUAACAUACAUUUUGGGAUAUAUUGUGAUUCCCUUUCCCUUGCCCCCUCCCCCCAUUUGGGGGGGGGGAUGCGGUGAGACUUUCAAACAGAGGGAAGCGGGGGUUAGGCGUUAGUCGCGUGGUUUGUCGGGCAUAAGCCCAUGUGUGCUGUUGUAGUUUUCUCACUGUGGAUACUGUCCUCUUGUCAUGUUUCUGUGGUUUUCUGGGUUCUGUUCAGUGUUUUGAUCUUUGGUCUGUGGGUAAAGAUGUCUUUAUUUUAUUAAAUUUAGCCUUUAGAAAUAAACAUUUUUGCACAGCCCAUAUAAAUGUGGGUUUUUUUUUUGUUUUUGUUUUUAAAUCUCAAAUUAUGCAAUAAUAUUGUCACUUUCUCAGGUGCCCCACAACUCGAAUGUUUGGAUCUUGUCUUAACUAAUAAUUUAGUUUUAUUUUCAGACAAUAUAGAAACAUAGAUUGUGACGGCAGAUAAGAACCAUUCGACCCAUCUAGUCUGGCCAAUUUUCUAAAUACUUGCAUUAGUCCCUGGCCUUAUCUUAUAGCUAGGAUAGAUACAUAUUAAGAUCCUUUAACCUUUCCUUGUAAGUUUUAUCCUGCAAUAAAUGAACCAGUUUAGUAGCCCUUCUCUGAACUCUCUCUAAAGUAUCAAUAUCCUUCUGGAGAUACGGUCUUCAGUACUGCGUACAAUACUCCCAAGUGAGGUCUCACCAGUGUUCUGUACAAUGGCAUGAGCACUUCCCUCUUUCUACUGCUAAUACCUCUCCCUAUACAACCAAGCAUUCUGCUAGCAUUUCCUGCUGCUCUAUUACACUGUCUGCCUACCUUUAAGUCAUCAGAAAUAAUCACCCCUAAAUCCCUUUCCUCAGAUGUUGAGGUUAGGACUCUAUCAAAUAUUCUGUACUCUGCCCUUGGGUUUUUUAAGUCCAAGAUGCAUUAUCUUGCACUUAUCCAUUUUUCUAGUUUACCUAAAUCAUUUGCCAUUUGACUUAUCCCUCCUGGAACAUCAACCCUGUUAUAUCUUAGUAUCAUCAGCAAAAAGACAUACCUUACCAUCAAGACCCUCUGCAAUAUCACUAAUAAAAAUAUUAAAGAGAAUGGGUCCAAGUACAGAUCCCUGAGGUACCCCACUGGUAACAAGACCAUGCUUCGAAUAUACUCCAUUGACUCCAACCCUCUGUUGCCUGUCACUCAGCCACUGCCUUACCCAUUCAACAAUAUUGCAAUCCAAACUUAAAGAUUGCAAUUUAUUGAUAAGCCUUCUAUGUGCAACAGUGUCAAAAGCCUUACUGAAAUCUAGGUAAGCAAUGUCUACUGCACCACCAUGAUGUAUUAUUUUAGUUACUCAAUCAAAAAAAUCAAUAAGAUUAGUUUGGCAUGAUCUCCCUGAAGUAAACCCAUGUUGCCUUUGAUCUUGAAACCCAUGUGUUUUUAGAUGUUCAACAAUCCUAUCCUUUAACAUGGUUUCCAUCACUUUCCCCACUACUGAAGUAAGGCUCACUGGCCUAUAGUUGCCCGACUCCUCCCUAUUACCUUUCUUGUGAAUGGGCACAAUAUUCGCUAAUUUCCAAUCUUCUGGGACUACUACUGUUAAUAAUGUUAACAAUGAUUGGUUAAAGUAACAGGAUACUAGUUAGUACACCACUAAGCUCUUUUAAUAGCUUUGGGUGUAUUCCAUCUCUCUCGUGGGUGUUUCUUUUAUUAGAGACAUGGGUUUAUAAUUUAUUAAGUUAAAAAACUUGUUUCCCUUAACUGUACUACUAGCCCCUCUGGCCCAAUCAAUAUCUGGAUAAUUAAAAUCUCCCAUGAUUGAAAAUUACCCAGUUAUGCAGCUUUAUUAAUUUGAGAUAGCAGUUGCUCUUCCUACUAAUAAUGGAUAUCGACUGUUUCCUCUUGACUUCAAAUCAGAUUUACUAUAAAGAUAUACCCAAAGAUAAAAAUAGCAAAGUAUAUGCUCGCCAAAAGUAAAUACAAACAAAGUAAAAUAAAAAAAAAACAUUAUAUCAUUAAUAUGCUUACAGCAUCAAGAAUGAACGACCAAAGUUGAGGUCUCACUGCAAUAUCCACUAAAUUAUAAAAACACAAAGUAACAAUAUAUCGCGGGCGGGGCCCAACUGUCAUGGUAGUGAGACAUGUCCUGUUCGAGCUCCUCCACUAUUUCAAAGAAAUAAGCAUUUUCUAGGCUCUUCUGGCUCAUAUUGUGUCAAAAAACACUUGCAUUAUCGUACCCUCACCUUAGUGGACUUGCCAAGAGGUAAUCUGCCACAAGUCCAAAGCUUACCUACUCCACAUCCAAUCAUGCGGCCCAGUGCGCACCGGGCGGUAGAGAAGGCCGAUCGUCACAUCCGGAGGUGCACAACAGCUCCAGAACAAACAAAAACCUUGAUAUAUCCCUCAUGUUUGUUGAAAGCUGGAAUAGAGGAUGCACCAACCUGACCCACUACAAGCGAGUACAUACUCACCCAGAGUGCCAUCCCUCCCUCCACAUCGGGAGCCUCCAGCCCACAAGGUGAAGAAGGCCCCAAAAUGGCAGAGACGCAAGCUCCAUCCUUUGCCUCAGCGCCGAUCGACACGAGAAAGAGCCCUUGCGGUCCAUACUGGGAUCUCACCGAAUGUCGGAGGUGCGGCAGAGAACCAAGACACUACCAAGCUACUGGACCCACCAGUCUCCAUGUGGGCUUGGGGUCCCAAAGAGUGCCUAUAUAUUGCAGGGCUGUGUUCAACCCAUACAGGGUGUAGGGUGAAUAAGCAUUUUGGAGGAGGCCCUGAUCACCUCCUGUUCACUGACCUUUUGCAAGUUGUUAUAUGCUACUGUGUUAUACUUUUUUUUUUUUCUUCUGCUGAGACCUGCCUUACAUAUAUCAUUAUCCUCUCCUAUCACACUACUCACCUGGGCGCCUUCCAGGGUAACUCUCUAGUUAAGUUACUACCCAAUCUCUUUUCACUUGUUUUUAUGACACUCUGGACUCAGAUUUACAGCCUGUUCUUUCUUAUUAUGUUAAACCUCAAAUGUCAUUAUUAACCUGUGUACGUAAUCCUGCACUUCAAAAAUAAAGAAUUUAAAAAGAAAAGUAGCAAUAUAUCUCUAACAACACACAAAUAAUUAAAAACACAAUUACAUAUAACACAAAUAUUUCAAAUAAACUUGAAGCAGCAUGAAGCAGUUCAAAUGGAGUAUUUGUGUAAAAAAAGGAAAAGGGGGCCAAUCUUCCAAACUUCACUAAAUCAGUUCCAAAAUAUCCUAAAAAAAAGACCAAAACUGGAAAAAAUAGAUCAAUCAAAGAAAAUAAGACUAUACAUAUAAUCCACAAAAACAAUGGAGUAGAUAUAACUGCAAGUGAGAUCUCCCCUUUGGAAAAAAACUAUAGUGCAAAAAGAAAGGGACUGAUCCCAAAAGUACCUGACCGAUGCUACUUUGUGUUUUUAUAACUUAGUGGUUAUUGCAGUGAGAAAUCAACUUUGGUCGUUCAUUCUGAAUGCUGUAAGCAUAUUCUUGAGCUUAUCAAUAAAACGUUUAUUUUAUUUUGUUUAUAUUUACUUUUGGUGUGCACAUACUUUGCUAUUUUAAUUUUUGUGUCUUUUCUCAAGUCGCUAUUUAUAUGUAUGUUGCUGCCCUUACUGAUUUUAUCUUUAGUCCUUCCGUUUUAGAUAUUUGAGAUUUUAUAAAGAUAUACCCAUCCCCCUACUAAGCCUUAGUAAUCACAAUUAUGUCAUACUGCUCCUUGUAAGUCAAUAUCUCAAGCUCCCUGUUUUCUAACCCACGAUUCUUGCAUUAGCAAGCAUACUUUUAAGAGAGAGAUCAGCUAUGCCUCACUGAUGAUGCCUAACAAGGUUGAAACGAUUGUCUGGGGUUGCUGUGUCUCUUGUGCAGAGGGAACUUGCUGGCAUUUCGGAUCUGGACUGGCGGUACAGGUGGGACCAGUCUGAUAUGCUUCAGAUAUGUUCUCUUUGUAAUGGCACAGGGUGAGCUAAAACCAGCUUGAGAUCUGAGCGUGGACCCACCGAAGGGCAGACUAUUUCAGCUGCUGCCUGUUCUCAGUACACUCUUGCGCCUUGUUUUUUGCUCUCCUUUAUUUGAACAACACCUAUUUUAAUACCUUCUUGCUCUAGGAUACACCAGUAUCCUAUAAAUCUGACUGACGUGUUAGCCCUACCUGAUCUUUUUUAAAGAUCCUUAAAAUUUCUCAAAGUCCUGUGAGUGAACCAGUCUUUGUGGAUUGUUAUAUAGAUAGCAGUGGGUUACAUCCAGGUACAGUAUAUUAAAGAUAGAGUUUGGUUUGUUUAUAUAUGUUGGAGGGCCAUUUGGCCUGAAUAAGUGGGAGGAGUUAUGAUCCUAUAUAAACCCUACCCCCUACUUACCUUUGUCGUGCAAGCUGUUUGUCUUCUUCAUAGCAACCAGCACUUCCGGUCCGUUGUUCCCACCAAAGUCAGUCUCCAGCAAGCAGUCCAUCGCCAGCAGCAUCUGCCUCCGUCUUCCGUGCCUGUCCACCGGCUUCUACCCGACUUCCCUACUCACUACCCGGCUACCGGUCACGAGACCGGCAUGUCCACGCAAGCAUAACGUGGGAAAUAGCGUUCGGCUAUUUCCCACGUUCAGCCCUAAAAACGCGGGUAUAGGCUCCCUUCAUUAUUUACCUAUUCGUGCAAUUACGCUGUUCGUGUACUUCCGCGUUUGUGCGGCUAACAGCCGAACACGGAAUACACACGCUUUCGUUUUACUUUAGUUUAAAUCAAUUUACCGUACGUACAUACUUACCCUACGUUCGUCUGUUCUUUCGUACGUUCGUACAGCCGAACACAUUCAAACUGCUUUUUCGUGCAACCUUUCGUUAGCCUUUCGCACUUCUUUAGGGCUACAGCUAGGGCUUCUCAAGUCACGGCCACACGUUUUGAAUCUCUUACGGUCACCGAGAGGCCAACAUCCUGCCACCUCGUUCAAGUGGCCACAAAAUUCCCUCGGCCCAAAUCAUAGGUAGAGCCUCUCUCCGCCACUUGGCACUAGCAGGGCUUCACCUGUCACUCGGUUCUAGGUAAAUUUUUCGCCUCGGCACUAGCUAACAGGCCAGUUCUCCGAAGGUCUCAUCCCCACCUCUAUGACACCUUACUUAUCCAAAUCAUUAUUUCUUUUCAGAAUGUCACAAGAAUCCAUCGCAAUAAUCGGUCUGCUGUUAGACGAAAUACCCAGCACGCCAGUCAGGCCUGGGUCUCCAAAGGAAUCCCUCAUCCCUUCUUUGUUCAUUCCCUUCUUUGUUCGUUCCAUACAUCCAUACCCCUCAUACAGCCCUAUUUCGCCAUCCAGCAGCUCAGGAUUAACAUUAAGCACUCUGCCUUCCACUACAAUACCUCUACACGUGGCCCUCACCAAGCCUUCACUCCAUACGUUUACACAUGGUCCUCUAUGGGCACUAUGGCAAAUCCGGCCCCUCAUCUGGGCAGUUACAUACGUCAAUUUCGGCCCCGCAUUUGGGCAAUUACAUAUGUCAAAUUCCUAAUAUACGAGGGUCAAAGAAAUACAACCUUUCAUACUACAUUCCUAAUAUUACGCAUGGCCUCGUUAGGCCCACGUAAGUCUUUUUUCCUCUCUCAGCACACUCCCGAGAAUAUAUAUAUUUGUGCGGAAGAAGGAGAAGCAAAGUUGGUUGAGGUGUGCCGAAACCAACGUACAAGUAGGCCUGUAAAAGAGGGCCCACAAAGGUGAAUUGUUAAUAUAGAUGGGUGUAGGUGGGUGGGGACAAACAGCUUGCACAACAAAGGUAAGUAGGGGGGCAGGGUUUAUAUAGGAUCAUAACUCCUCCCACAAAUUCAGGCCAAAUGGCCUUCCAACUUGUGCUCAGAAUUUAUCUAAUACGUAAUGGAAUGUAGAAGGAGAAGCAAAGUUGGUUUAGGUGUGCCGAAACCAACGUACGAGUAGGCCUGUAAAAGAGGGCAAAAGAGGAUUCAAAGAAAACUCACUUUAUGGAAGUUUAUACAGCGUGGGUACUGAAAGCUUGUAAGGAGCUUUUACUCUGAUUGAGGUAUAUAUGAAACUGCGCUGAGGAUUAGCUGUGGCCCCAUCACUUAGUGAUGUAGACUGGAGUGUAAGAGCUUGAAGCUGCUGAUGCAGCGCUUUGCGACAGAGAGACCAGCGAAGGAAGCCAUGAUGUAGCUCCACCUAAAUGGAAGGUUUUAGACGUGAAGUAGUGGAUUAGGACUGAUAGUGUGUGGUUGACCUUGGAGAUGUAAAGCGGAGUGACAGCAUAGGAGGUUAAGUAAGAUGCUUGAUUUGUAGGUUUGGAGAAAGAGGCAAAAAACAAAACAAACAAUAUUUUAACUGCAAAAGUCUUGAUUCAAGCAAACUCUAAUUGUGACAUGUACAAUAUAAAAGGCCCUGGCGUGAGUGAUAGAGUAGUCGUGAAACUGCGUGAAGCGUGCUCACCUGUACAUGGUGUAAUUGUGUGCUUAGUCCAAGAUUAGCUCAUUGAAUGGUGGUAUCCUGCAUGGUAUGUAGUGGAUCGUAGGGAGUGCCUGAAAGAAGACCUUAUAUUGAGAGCGUGCAAAAGUGUCAGCGGCUGUGUAGUGGACACCGGGAAUGAAAAUGUAGACUAGAAAGAACUGAGGGGUUGCUGCCUGCCAGAUCAGCCUGCAAAUCAGCCACAGUGGCGGCGAGUAUGAACGCCCUUGCUAAUGAAAUUGCAGGCUGCGGAGUUGUCAGAGCAGCAUUUAACUGCUCUGCUGGUCUAAAAGAUGACCCCAUGUGAGGGAGGCCACCAGGAAGGGGUAGAUCUCCAACAAAGAAGAGGUCUCUCUAAAGGCCGGCAAGGCAUCCGUCUCAGUGGGCCAGGCAUCCCUAACGAGUCGUUGCUGAAAAAUGGCUGUGAACCCUGUGCUGCUGCGUCUGUGUGAAUUUAAAGUGAGUGUGUUGAAAGUGGGGGAAUGAACGAAGAGAUCACAAUCCAUGCGGCCGAAAAACAACUCCAAUUGUGGAAAACUGCCAUGGCUGGAUCGCCCGAAUGCUUGGGCAUGGGUCGGCAUCUCGUGGAGCAAAUUUAAGUAGCCCAGGGACAAGAGGCCAACCCUGUGGAAUGAUAUGCACAACAAAGUUGAGGGACCUAAACCAGGACUGAAGCCCCCACCUAUUGUGCGCAACAAAGGACAAAUCCGUUCCUAAUGCGGGACAGAUCGUCUGGUAUACUGGCUUGGAAAGAAGUGGAGUCCAAUAUUAUGCCCCAGAAAGCGAGCCUGGAAGAGGGACCGACUGUUCCCUGGUGACAGAGGGACCCCGAGUGUCGUGAAAGGGGGGGUUGAGGGGCUGUGGUGGUGUGAACACUGUUAGGUCUUUGUGAACCCGUUAAAUCAACAAAAAUUCAUCCAGAUAGUGGAUGACUGAUGGACGCCUGAAUAUAGGAGCAGCCAGCAGAAGGUUUCUGCAGAGGGUGGUACGGAAGGGGUCUAUGAUCAAACAUAUUUUUUGUAUAGUGAAUGGCUACCCCGAUGGGAGUGAUACACCAAGAUGAGAAACAUGAAGACCGGAAAGGGCCGAUCGUGAAACCAGCGUAUGAUUGCUGUGGACAGAAGGUGGUCCACCGUAAGUGGGUCAAUAGAUGUAGAUAAUAGGUUAGGGCAUACGAGUGCGCCUGUGGGGUUGGCGAUAAGACCCGUGUGAAACCCCUGUGAGAAACCCGGCAUCAGAAUCUACCAGAUGCCUAGCUGGGUGUGAAUGCAGAUAGUAUUUCAGUUUAUCAAUGUUGACCUUAGUUAGGAGUAUUUUAGGUGACAGUCGGGCUGUAUAUGUGGACUAGGUGUGGCUUCUGGAGCAGAUGAAGCAGAUGUGUGAUACUGUGAGUGCAAGCCUUUUUUCAUUUGUUUUAUAUAUAUUAAAUAGUCCUUAGAUAAUAUAUAUAUAAAAACAAAUGAAAAAAGGUUUGCACUCACGGUCUUGUAAUGUAAAAUGUAGCAUUCUUUAUUCAAAAUUAUUCCAUAAAAUCGUCACAUCAACGUUUCAGCCCUCGUCCGGAUGAACUGACAACAAUCAGUUUAUCCUGAAGAAAGCCCCAGACGAGGGCUGAUACGUUGGUGUGACGAUUUUAUGGAAUCAUUUUGAAUAAAGAAUACUACAUUACAAGACCGUGAGUGCAAGCCUUUUUUCAUUUGUUUAUAUACAUAAACAUACAAAAUAGAUAGUCCACCUCACUCUCUUAUGCACUAAACAAUGAUUUCAAAUCUCACAGAUUAUAAUAGUUUUACUUAAAAACACCUCACCUAGUCAAAAAAUAAUGGGGGUUUAGUUAUAUUAUAUGAUCAUAUUUCAAUAUAUAUAUAUAAUGCCAAAAUACCAGAGUAUUACAUCAUGCAAUGAUACCUUUUUUUAUUGGACUAACAUAAUAAUUAAAAGACAAGCUUUCGAGAGUUCCCUGGACUAAAACGGCUAAUCCAAUUUACACUAUAUAUAUAUAUAUAUAUAGCCUAAAAUGUGAAAUUCACUUAAGUGGACUACAAUAACAAAUGAAACGUUAACAUGAAGCUCCUACGAUGUUUGAGAACUUAUAUUAAACAUUACUUUACCUGUUUAAUCCUCAGAGUACUGAUGAUUCGUUGUGGGUAACAGUUCUUGCUGUUAUCUGGCUCCAUGCUAUGUCCUUCGAUCAGAAAGAUGAGUGGGAACUCCUGGAGGGCAAAGCUGUGUCCUGGAUCAAGUCCAAAGCAGGUAAAGAUUAGUAAGAGGAGAAUAGCUGGUAAUCCGGGGAGGAUGUUUCACCUGAUCUGAACUCAAGUUCUCUUUUUAAAAAAAUUACAAAUGACAGGGUAGUUCAACCAUCCCAAAAGGCUACUUUUCUGCAUAAAUCCUCCUAAUGUUUUUGUCUCAUGUAUUUUUGACAAUGAAGAGCUAAUGACAAGUGAUGCAUUAAGACUAACUUCCCAGGUUAUGAUAUGUGUCUUAUGGUAUGUAUGGUCCGUGUCCCCUGGGGCUAUAGGUGAACUGUAACACUGGCUUCUCCUUCUCCCCACACACAGAAAGGUAAUUCUAGACCGACACGUUAUAGGAGUCAGUAAAAUGACAGUUCCUUGUUCCCAAACCACAGUAAAUUCUAUUGCAGUGUUUACUGUGGUGAAACUUGGUGGGCAAUCCUUCCACCACAUGAUGCCUCAGGCAUGCUUGUUCAUACUUGAUCAUUUACACAGAACUGCGAUAUGAGCUAAUGCACACUGGGGUAUUGCUUCACAAGUGCUGUAUGUGUGCAUGGUCGUGCAGGAGUUGAACAAACUUAAUUUGCUGUACCUCUCUAAAUGUUAAUACCUAACCCUGGCAAUAGUCCUUAGAUAAUGUAUGUUGCAAUCCCAUAAUAACAACCAAUGCAUAGAUAUUUAGCCACAUAUUGUAAAGUGAUUUAUUGUUAGCAUUAUAUUAAAUGGUGUUCUGGGGAGAGGAAGGGGUUAAACUUACCUCUUUCUCCAGCGCUGGGCGGGGAGCUCUCCUCCUCUUCGGCUGAGCUGCGCGCGCAUUCAUCCAGUCUCAUAGGAAAGCAUUUAUAAUGUUUUCCUAUGGACGCUGGCGUCUUCUCACUGUAAUUUUCACAGUGAGAAGCACGCAAACGCCUCUAGCGGCUGUCAAUGAGACAGCCACUAGAGGCUUUAGAGGCUGGAUUAACCUAUUUAUAAACAUAGCAGUUUCUCUGACCCUAGCUGCACCAGGCACCCAGACCACUUCAUUAAGCUGAAGUGGUCUGGGUGCCUAUAGUGGUCCUUUAAUAGCCCUGAAAAAUAUGUUUAAAAUAAGUUUUUCUUACCUUAAUCCAGCAUCGGGCGUAGUUCCUGUAGCUGCGUGGCAUGUCCCCUUGUGACAUCACAGAAGCAGCGUGGAGGUCUAGAAUCCUUUGGUUCAACCAGGGAUGGAGAACAUUUUCAUGUUGGAAGGGUGCCUUCUUUUACCUGUAAUCAAAUAAGGCUACAUUUAAGAAACUUCAAUUAGAUAUUUUUAGAAAUGUACAUUAUUUUGCAGAAAUCUGACUACUAUGUACUUGAUCAUUUCAAAAAAUUCAAACUAUGUGUUAAUUUUUUGCGCACUGAAGGACUUAGAAAGCCACAUUGGGCCUUAUGCACGCAUGUUCCAUCUGGGCCAUUUAAGAUCUGGUAAACUCUGCUAAUUGACACCUUAUACUUUUUGUUAUGGUCCUUUAAUGUAGAAAUAAAGCUGUUUAAUUUAUGCUAAGACUGUGGACAGUCCAUGUUCUCCUUACAUUAACCAACUGUGGAACCUAUGAAGGAAGUUAUAAACACCUCACCAUAGUGUAAUGAGACUACUAGUCCAGGUUUGGAUCCAUGGCUGACAGAAACAUGUUGUAUUCCCUUCUGGUGUUCUCUAAUCUUCUGGUCAACCCAGAGAUCUCCAAACUUCAUAACAAACUAUGUCAUUUUGCAGGAUCGUCUUUGAGUGAAUUGGUGAAAGCUGGAAACAAGUUGUUAAACUCUUCAGUGGAUCUUAAAGUUUUUGGCCUGUGA